AUGUCAGCCUGUGUGCAGUGGGCUCCAUUCCCAGCUCCUUUCCCAGCUCCAUCCCCAGCACACUCCAGGUCCACAGGGCUGUUCUCCUGGCCAGGGCCCCACACAUACGGAGGGGUGGUGCUCCCCAUCCAGAUAAACAACUAUGACAGCACAGAGCUGAAGGAGUUUAUACGGUAUAAUCAGAAUGCAUGUUAUUGUCUUUAUGACUACUGUCCAGUCUUCCUUAUGUGUGCUUUUAGUGGCAAGCUGUAUAUCACUCAAAUAGGUCUACCUCAAAAACUAGGUUUUUAUCCUCAAUGGAUUUUAUCCUGGUUAAAUAAAGGCUAACAAAUAAAUAAAUAAAUGGCACUACAGAUGCAUCAAAUGUUGUUUAACCCAAGUCAUUUAAGAGCGUGUUUCACUGUGGAUUAUCUGACUCUCUCUAUAGAUCCAUCAUCAUGACUGUUAAACCGGUGCUUGGAUUGUAGUUGGAGUACUGUUAAAUCUCUGACAGAUGGCGCCAAACUCAUGUUCUUUCUCUGCAUUACUGGAUAUUACAGUAUUUUGUCAUGCAGGCUUUCAAUAGAACAGUGUAAUCUGGUUAUGAACAACAAAGGAAUUGUGAGAUUAUGUGAUCAUGUUAGUGCUAAUACCAUCCAUGUAUAAUAUCAACAUCAGGGUUGUAUGACUCAGACCCAGUGGUACUCUCCAUCAGGAAUACUGUUGACUAGAGGUAGAUCUGGCACCACCAGCAGCAGUAUCAAAUCAAAUCAAAGUUUAUUUGUCACAUGCGCCAAAUAGUCCGGGUGGCCAUUUGAUUAAUAUGGUCUAUUGAGAGAGUACAACAGCCCUUUGAUCUAAUGUGUUAGCUGCUAGCUCAUUAGCAGGGUUUUAAUCAGGGCCUCAGAGCAGCAGCAGAGCAGUCCAUAUCCUGGUGUGACUUCUAGGGAGUUUUUCCAAUGCAUCUGCAUUGCUUGCUCUUUGGACUUUUAGGCUGGGUAUCUUUAUAGCACUUUGUGACAAUUGCUGAUGUAAAAAUAGCUUUAUAAAAUACAGUUGAUUAGUUGAUUGACUUGUUAGCCAUGAUGAAUGGAAUACUGUAGGCCAACAGGGGGGUGAAAAAGAAUUUGCCCCCUUUCUAAUAUUCUCUACGUUUGCAUAUUUAUUAUACUUAAUAUUAUCAGAUCUUCAACCUAAACCUAAUAUAAGAUAAAGGGAACCUGAGUGAACAAAUAACACAACAAUUACAUACUUAUUUCAUUUAUUUCAUGAACAAAGUUAUGCAACACCCAAUGCCCCUGUGUGAAAAAGUAAUUGCCUUCUUACACUCAAUAACUGGUUGUGCCACCUUUAGCUGGAAUGACUACAACCAAACACUUCCUGUAGUUGUUGAUCAGUUGUUGAUCAGGAAUUUUGGCCCACUCUUCCAUGCAGAACUGCUGUAACUCAGCGACAUUUGUGGGUUUUCAAGCAUGAACUGCUCGUUUCAAGUCCUGCCACUACAACUCAAUUGGGAUUAGGUCUGGACUUUGACUAGGCCAUUCCAAAACUUCAAAUUUGUUGCGAUUUAGCCACUUAAUGGUGUGUUUUGGAUCAUUGUCUUGCUGCAUGAACCAGCUGUGCAUCCGCUUCAGCUCACAGACGGAUGGCCUGACAUUCUCCUAUAGAGUCGUCCAGGUCCUGAUGCAGCAAAGCAUCCCCAAACCAUCACACUACCACCACCAUGCUUUACCGUUGGUCUUUUUGGACGACAUGGGUCCCAUUAUGCCUGGCGAAAACCAAACACUUAUUCCACAGUAAGAACCUCAUACCAACGGUCAAGCAUGGUGGUGGUACUGUGAUGGUUUGGUGAUGCUUUGCUGCCUCAGGACCUGGACAACUUGCCAUAAUAGAGGGAACCAUGAAUUCUGCUCUGUAUCAGAGAAUUCUACAGGAGAAUGUCAGACCAUCCGUAUGUGAGCUGAAGGUGAAGCACAGCUGGGUCAUGCAGCAAGACAAUGAUCCAAAACACACAAUCAAGUCUACAUGAAAAUGGCUAAAAAGCAACAAAUUGGAAGUUUUGGAAUGGCCUAGUCUAAAUCCAGACCUAAUCCCAAUUGAGGUGUUGUGUCAGGACUUGAAACGAGCAGUUCAUGCUUGAAAACUCACAAAUGUCGCUGUGUUACAGCAGUUCUUCAUGAAAGAGUGGGCCAGAAUUCCUCCACAGCGAUGUGAGAGACUGAUCAACAACUACAGGAAGCGUUUGGUUGCAGUCAAUUCAUUCAUUCUAAAGGUGGCACAACCAGUUAUUGAGUGUAAGGGGGCAAUUACCUUUUCACAAGGGGAAUUGGGUGUUGCAUAACUUUGUUAAUAAAUACAUGAAAUAAGAAUACAUUUUUUGUUAUUUGUAAACUUAGGAUCCCUUUAUCUAAUUUGUUUUGGUUGAAGAUCUGAUAGGAUUCAGUGUCAAAAAUGUGCAAAUGUAGAGAAAAUCAGAAAGUGGGCAUACUUUUUCAUGGCACUGUAUACAGUGGGGAAAAAAAGUAUUUAGUCAGCCACCAAUUGUGCAAGUUCUCCCACUUAAAGAGAUGAGAGAGGCCUGUAAUUUUCAUCAUAGGUACACGUCAACUAUGACAGACAAAUUGAGAUUUUUUUUCUCCAGAAAAUCACAUUGUAGGAUUUUUAAUGAAUUUAUUUGCAAAUUAUGGUGGAAAAUAAGUAUUUGGUCACCUACAAACAAGCAUGAUUUCUGGCUCUCACAGACCUGUAACUUCUUCUUUAAGAGGCUCCUCUGUCCUCCACCCAUUACCUGUAUUAAUGGCACCUGUUUGAACUUGUUAUCAGUAUAAAAGACACCUGUCCACAACCUCAAACAGUCACACUCCAAACUCCACUAUGGCCAAGACCAAAGAGCUGUCAAAGGACACCAGAAACAAAAUUGUAGACCUGCACCAGGCUGGGAAGACUGAAUCUGCAAUAGGUAAGCAGCUUGGUUUGAAGAAAUCAACUGUGGGAGCAAUUAUUAGGAAAUGGAAGACAUACAAGACCACUGAUAAUCUCCCUCGAUCUGGGGCUCCACGCAAGAUCUCACCCGUGGGGUCAAAAUGAUCACAAGAACGGUGAGCAAAAAUCCCAGAACCACACGGGGGGACCUAGUGAAUGACCUGCAGAGAGCCGGGACCAAAGUAACAAAGCCUACUAUCAGUAACACACUACGCCGCCAGGGACUCAAAUCCUGCAGUGCCACAAAGAAUGCUGAGUUGCAUCCAAAGAACACCAUACCUACUGUGAAGCAUGGGGGUGGAAACAUCAUGCUUUGGGGCUGUUUUUCUGCAAAGGGACCAGGACGACUGAUCUGUGUAAAGGAAAGAAUGAAUGGGGCCAUGUAUCGUGAGAUUUUGAGUGAAAACCUCCUUCCAUCAGCAAGGGCAUUGAAGAUGAAACGUGGCUGGGUCUUUCAGCAUGACAAUGAUCCCAAACACACCGCCCGGGCAACGAAGGAGUGGCUUCGUAAGAAGCAUUUCAAGGUCCUGGAGUGGCCUAGCCAGUCUCCAGAUCUCAACCCCAUAGAAAAUCUUUGGAGGGAGUUGAAAGUCUGUGUUGCCCAGCGACAGCCCCAAAACAUCACUGCUCUAGAGGAGAUCUGCAUGGAGGAAUGGGCCAAAAUACCAGCAACAGUGUGUGAAAACCUUGUGAAGACUUACAGAAAACGUUUGACCUGUGUCAUUGCCAACAAAGGGUAUAUAACAAAGUAUUGAGAAACUUUUGUUAUUGACCAAAUACUUAUUUUCCACCAUAAUUUGCAAAUAAAUUCAUUAAAAUUCUCAUUUUCUCAUUUUGUCUGUCAUAGUUGACGUGUACCUAUGAUGAAAAUUACAGGCCUCUCUCAUCUUUUUAAGUGGGAGAACUUGCACAAUUGGUGGCUGACUAAAUACUUUUUUCCCCCACUGUACAUGCAUAAAAGCUCCUGUAUUUUAAAGGACACGUCAUUGUUAAUUAACCACAUAUUACACUUAACUGUAAGUUAAGUCGCUCUGGAUAAGAGCAUCUGCUAAAAUGACUAAAAAAUAAAUAAUAAUAAUAAUAUUUGUUAUGUUCAUAACCAUACCAAAGUGCAUGCAUGUGAGUGUUGCUUACUGUUAGACAUGUUCUCCUUUAACUUAUGUGCGUACCUGUCCCACAAUAUCCAUGCAAAGAUGUGCAUUAACCAGCAAGAUGCAUCUGUAGCAAGAUGCAUGUCCUCGGCGUACACAUCACUGACAAACUGAAAUGGUCCACCCACACAGACAGUGUGUUGAAGAUGGCGCAACAGCACCUCUUCAACCUCAGGAGGCUGAAGAAAUUUGGCUUGGCACCUAAAACCCUCGCAAACUUUUACAGAUGCACAAUUGAGAGCAUCCUGUCGGGCUGUAUCACCGCCUGGUACGGCAACUGCACCGCCUGCAACCGCAGGGCUCUCCAGAGGGUGGUGCGGUCUGCUCAACGCAUUACCGGGGGAAGGCCAAAAAGAUUAUCAAGGACAACAACCACCCGAGCCACUGCCUGUUCACCCCGCUAUCAUCCAGAAGGCAAGGUCAUUACAGGUGCAUCAAAGCUGGGACCGAGAGACUGAAAAACAGCUUCUAUCUCAAGGCCAUCAGACUGUUAAAUAGCCUUCACUAGCACAUUAGAGGCUGCUGCCUAUACACAUACAUGUAGAUUAGAAAUCACUGGCCACUUUAAUAAAUGGAAUACUAGUCACUUUAAUAAUGUUUACAUAUCUUGCAUUACUCAUCUAAUAUGUAUAUACUGUAUUCUAUACUAUUCUACUGUAUCUUAGUCUAUGCCGCUCUGACAUUGCUCGUCCAUAUAUUUAUUUAUAUAUUCUUAAUUCCAUUGCUUUACUUAGAUUUGUGUGUAUUGGGUGUAUGUUAUGAAAUUGUUAGAUAUUACUUGUUAGAUAUUACUGCACUGUUGGAGCUAGAAACACAAGCAUUUCGCUACACCCGCAAUAACAUCUGCUAAACAGGUGUAUGUGAUCAAUAAAAUUGGAUUUGAUUUGAUUUGAUAAAGGACGUUAUGUUGCUUACCACGUCACGCUGAGUACCACGUCCUCCCGAUUCUGCCCAUACUUGGUGCGAACUCGGGACCUCUGCCUUUCUAGCACACGUGAACGCCCUCCUGAAAUCUUACCAGUCGGCGCCACGCAAACAAUGAGCUAUUCGAUAGCCCAACACUUCAGGCUGAGGAGUAAGGUACACACAUCCCCAUGUGCUACAUACACAUGUAUGAUUAUUUAAUCCAUUUAAGAUCGGUAAUUUGAAUUCGUCAGUAAUUUAAACAUGUCAGUUACUGCAAGUCGGUCUACUAUGUUCAAAUUAAUUUAGGAGUCUGAAUUAAUCCACUACAGUGCCUUGCAAAUGUAUUCAUCCCCCUUAGCGUUUUUCCUAUUUUGUUGCAUUACAACCUGUAAUUUAAAUGGAUUUUUAUUUGGAUUCCAUGUAAUGGAAACACACAAAAUAGUCCAAAUUGGUGAAGUGAAAUGAAAAAAAUAACUUGUUUCAAAAAAUUCUAAAAAAUAAAUAACGGAAAAGUGGUGUGUGCAUAUGUAUUCACCCCCUUUGCUAUGAAGCCCCUAAAUAAGAUCUGGUGCAACCUUCAGAAGUCACAUAAUUAGUUAAAUGAAGUCCACCUGUGUGCAAUCUAAGUGGCACAUGAUCUGUCACAUGAUCUCAGUAUAUAUACACCUGUUCUGAAAGGCCCCAGAGUCUGCAACACCACUAAGCAAGGGGCACCACCAAGCAAGCGGCACCAUGAAGACCAAGGAGCUCUCCAAACAGGUCAGGGACAAAGUUGUGGAGAAGUACAGAUCAGGGUCGGGUUAUAAAACAAUUUCUGAAACUUUGAACAUCCCAUGGAGCACCAUUAAAUCCAUUAUUAAAAAAUGUAAAGAAUAUGGCACCACAACAAACCUGCCAAGAGAGGGCCGGCCACCAAAGCUCACGGACCAGGCAAGGAGGGCAUUAAUCAGAGAGGCAACAAAGAGAACAAAGAUAACCCUGAUGGAGCUGCAAAGCUCCACAGCGGAGAUUGGAGUAUCUGUCCAUAGGACCACUUUAAGCCAUACACUCCACAGAGCUGAGCUUUACGGAAGAGUGGCCAGAAAAAAGCCAUUGCUUAAAGAAAAAAAUAAGCAAACACGUUUGAUGUUUGCCAAAAGCCAUGUGGGAGACUCACCAAACAUAUGGAAGAAGGUACUCUGGUCAGAUGAGACUAAAAUUGAGCUUUUGGGCCAUCAAGGAAAACACUAUGUCUGGCGCAAAUCCAACACCUCUCAUCACCCUGAGAACACCAUCCCCAAUGUGAAGCAUGGUGAUGGCAUGCACGCUCAAGUUUUCUGUUUUUUUGUCUUAUUUCUUGUUUGUUUCACAAUAAAAAAUAUUUUGCAUCUUCAAAGUGGUAGCCAUGUUGUGUAGAUCAAAUGAUACAACCCCCCCAAAAAAUCAAUUUUAAUUCCAGGUUGUAAGGCAACAAAAUAGGAAAAAUGCCAAGGGGGGUGAAUACUUUCACAAGCCACUGUACAGAACCUCCCAUGUUACUGUUAUCAUCAUUCAUUUAUAAAAGGUAAGCUGUACUCAAUCCCAGUCCUCAAGGCCAGAGUUUUUCACCAAGCUAUUACACUGUGGUGAGGUCACUCAGUGGUGCAGAGGUAGGCUACAUAGUAGUAGCUGGCCUGUAACCAUGGAGACAGGUUUCUCCCUCCCUGCCUCCUUGCCUGUGCUCAGGGGAUCUACCCAGCCAGCCAGUCAGUCAGCCAGCCAGCCAGCAAAAUGCAGCCCCUCUCCUUUCCUCCGUCAGAUGAAAGUGGGGCAAGCCUUUUUUGGUGUUACUGCAGCAUAGAACCAUGCUGUGAGAGCCUUGACUGCAGACCAGUACUGUUGAAUCUGAUCAGUAUGGUAUCCCAGUGGUGCCUGCCUGCCUGCCUCUCCUCUCUCUCGCUCCCCUCUUCUAUCUACACCACUCUACUGGGACUGAGCUGUGUGAUCACUUUCAUCACUCCAUCAUUCAUCCCUCUAUCCCCACCUCCCUCUGCGGGGGGAAGAGAAGAGAUAUAUAGACUGACUGAGUGACACACAUCUCUGCUGAGGGAAGAGAUAUUCCCCUCUUCAUGCAGACUGACACACACACACACACACACACACACACACACACACACACACACACACACACACACCCUGCUGAGGGAAGAAAAUAGAUAUUCCCCCUCUCACGGAGACUGACUGACAUUCCCAAUCUGGAGCCUUUCAUUUUCAGCAGCAGAGAUAGACUCCUACAGCUCAUUGUAUGGAGCAGGCUGAGUCACUCUUCUACUAGACACACAGGAGGACAUGUUUCAUACAGUAAGCUGACAGUACUACCAAAGUACCUUAGUGUGGAGUACACUACUGCACGAUCAUGAUCACGUUAUGUGAAACGUCUUUAGUGUCUCCCAAUAACACAAGUGUGGCCAAUGUUCUUAAUAUUGUCUGCCAUUUAGCAGACGCUUUUAUCCAAAGCGACUUAGUCAUGUGUGCAUACAUUUUCGUAAGGGUGGCCCCAGUGGGAUAGCAGCCAGUGUUUAAGUAAUAGUGACAGUAAUCACUGAGGAUUGAAGUAUACAUGUGUUACAAUAGCAUGGAGUCAUUCACAGUUCCUUCUUUGAACAGCCUUUUCUACUGUAGUUUCUCUCCGGUCACGUUGUCGAUUUCUGUUUCCAUAAUAAGCUCUGCUACAGAAGAGGUCCCCCUCCUGAAGUGUAGCUAAAUGAUCACUCUGAGAGAAUAAAAACACACUCCAAGUACAUGGAAUCACAGUAUGGCAAUUAGUGGGUUGAACAAAGACUAUACUAUGUAUAGUAUGUGGGUGCGUGAAAGACAGUGAAAAACAGAGGGGGCUGUGAGUGGGGAGAGAGGGGGGCCCCUCGGCCAUGACAAGAUAAGCUGGUGAAUAAUCGUGGCUGUAGAUCUGUGGAUCCCUUCUGAUGUUUGUCACUGAGCUGUCACGAUGCUAGUGAUGAUCAGAAGGUCAUAUUAGACACAUGCACUGUGGUGCAGGGUCAUAUAUGUGCGUCUCAGUGGCAGUUGAGCAUCAUCUUGGUAAAAACAUGGUCUUCGGUUCAGAGGCUGCUGCAGAAUGAUUCUUUGAUGUCCACUCACUUGUCAGUUGGUGUGACUUCAUGUCAAAACAGAUCCGUCACUUUUCUGAAGCUCUGUGUGCCAGACAUACCAUGUGUCCCCUGCAGGGUUAGUGACACCAUCACCACACACACAGGCCACACAGCUGAGGGGUGAAAUUUUUAUAUGGUGGGUGGAGGAAAUUACGUGUGUGUGUCUGUGUUUGUGUGUGUGAGUGUUUGUAUGCGUUUCCAGGGCGAUCCUGUGUGCACGGUCUCAGUAUUUCCGAGCCGUGCUGUGUGAGAGUUGGAUGGAGAUCUCCAGGUUCUGGCCAAGGUUAGGCCGCAGCCCUCAGUCCUCCUCCUUCUGUAAUUUCUGCUGUAACGUCUGUAAUGUUUAUGUGUGUCCCAAAUAUCACCCUAUUCCCUAUAUAGUGCACUACUUUUGACCAGAGCCCUAUGGGGUAGGGAAAAGGGUGCCAUUUGAGACUCAGCCUACACCUCGAUUACGAUAAGAAGGCUCAUUGUCUCCCAACAACAGUCUGCUGCCUGAUGCCUAUACUAUACUGCAUUAAUAAUUCAUACUGUGGGUGCUGAAAAUAUAUCAGGACACAGAGCUGGCUCUGUAUGGGGUUUCACACACACACACACACACACACACACACACACACACAUACACACACACACACACACACACACACACACACACACACACACACACACACACACACACACACAAACACACUCACACAAUGCCAACUACAGUCAGGCAGUGUCAUUUCCUGAUUCCAUUCACUCAGAUCUCCACACUGCGAGCAAGGUCAUCUACUGUAGUUAAGUCCUCUCUACCAUUCUUCUGAUGGGAAGAUCCCCCCCACAACCCCUUGCUGUCAGAGCAGUGUGGCAGCAGAGACAAACGAGGCACCCCUAUCUCCUCAGGGGAGAGUAAUGUCACUAGUCUUUGUGGCUGGCUGAUCUGAGAGUAACCGGGGACGACACACUCUGUCACCACAGAGGACUCUGGGAAAAAUUCCCAAUAGGACUGAGUCACAAUGUUCUAGUGCUGCUCUUCGCUUAGACUUGCAAAAAUAUAAUGUGGCUCAAUAAAUAGAUAUGUUUACAUACUGUACGUUUUAUUGAACAAUUAUUUAUAGUUCAGUCUCAUUAACAUAACAUCUAUUUUGCAAGAGUUUACAGCUUGAAUAAAAAGCCUACAGCCAAUACAGCACCCCAGGACUUAGAUUAGAGGGUAUAUUUGAAGUGGCAUUAUGGUUCUACAUUGCCUAGAGAGGUAACUACGGUGUUUGUUGUGUUAUUUUCAGUUUGGGUCCAGAUGAGAUGGAGAUUAUCCUACAGUUCAUGUAGGCUGCCUCCCAGAGCCAGUGCCAGGUACAUGCCUUAUAUAAAUAUAUAAUAUAAAAUAAUCUUACCUUAUUAAUCCAUCAGAAAGAAAGAUUAAUAUCUGCAACUAGAAAAGGUCAACUUCCUGACUUAAGUGUGUUUGCUUGCUUGAAGUAUUUUUAUAGUAGUGGAAGUGGAAUUCUACAGUACCUAGGGCUUAAUGGUGAAUCUAUAUCACCAGAACCACAACACUACACCUGUCCCUCUCUCCCAGUUAGAACCACAACACUACACCUGUCCCUCUCUCUCAGAACCACAACACUACACCUGUCCCUCUCUCCCAGUUAGAACCACAACACUACACCUGUCCCUCUCUCCCAGUUAGAACCACAACAGAACCUCACCUGGCUCUCUCCUCUCCCAGUCAGAACCACAACCUCACCCAGCCCUCUCUCCUAGUCAGAACCACAACCCAACCUCACAAGCCCCUUCUCCCAGUCAGAAUCACAACCCAACCUCACCCAGACCUCUCUCCUAGUCAGAACCACAACCCAACCUCACCUCUCUCCCAGUCAGAACCACAACCCAACCUCACCCAGCCCUCUCUCCCAGUCAGAACCACAACCAAACCUCAUCCAGCCCUCUCUACCAGUCAGAACCACAACCCAACCUCACCCAGCCCUCUCUCCCAGUCAGAACCACAACCCAACCUCACCCGGCCCUCUCUCCUCUACCAGUCCUAACAGCAGCACCAUCUCACCCGGCCCUCUCCCCUCUCUCCUCUCUCUUUUCUCCCAGUCAGGUGCUGUUAGCAGCAGACAUGUUGAGUCUGGAGGGACUGAAGGACAUGGUUGAGAUGGUUUUGACCAGAGACUACUGCCGCUUCUUCCCCAAGGUAGGUUAGCUAAGGUUACUGAAUAUGAGGGAAAACUUCUGACAUGUACAGUAUGUUUGGCAGGCCGGGUGGAUAGAUUUGACUGGCUUGCUCAGUUUUAUGGGUCAAUGCUACAUUACACACACACACAUACACAAACACACACACCACACACACACAAAAUAACAUUUUUUUCUUUGUAUUUUUAUAUGGCUCUCUUGUGGAGUGUUUUAGGUUUCCUAACAUUGCAAUGCUUCUCUGAUCUGCCCUAGCUCCCGAGUGGCGCAGCGGUCUAAGGCACUGUAUCUCAGUGCUUGAGGCGUCACUACAGACCCCCUGGUUCGAUUCCAGGCUUUAUCACAACCGGCUGUGAUUGGGAGUCCCAUAGGGCGGCGCACAAUUGGCACAGUGUCGUCUGGGUUUGGCCGGUGUAGGCCGUCAUUGUAAAUAAGAAUUUGUUCUUUACUGACUUGCCUGGUAAAAUAAAAUAAAUAAAUAGCUUGCUCCCAGAUCUGUUUGUUCUCUCUUGCCAAUUUCAUAGGAGUUACCUAUACAGCACAAACAGAUCUGGGACCAGGCUCUAUCAAUCCUACAUCUGCAGAGAGAGAGAUCCCUGUAGUCUCAGACCAGUCUGUGUCAGGAGGAAAGCCAUCUCCAAGAACAGAUUUAGCUGCUCAACAGCUAAAUCUGUGCUGUUUUGGUACGCUGCCUGCCUGUACUGUUUUGGUACCCUGCCUGCCUGUACUGUUUUGGUACCCUGCCUGCCUGUACUGUUUUGGUACCCUGCCUGCCUGUACUGUUUUGGUACCCUGCCUGCCUGUACUGUUUUGGUACCCUGCCUGCCUGUACUGUUUUGUACCUUGCAGGCAUCCCUGCACCCAUCCCUGUCCUGCUGUGUUUUCAGUUCUCUGAACAACCUCUGUUUCAUCACUCCUACCUCAUAAUUUGCCUCUGAUACAGCUGAUAUGGCGUGUUCUCUUCUGCCCCCUGUUCUGUUCUGCCCCCUGCGACAGGCAGUUUAGCUUUACGCUGCAGCAGGCGCAGAGAGAACUCUCUUUUUAUCUCUUUUCACUUCUAUUACAAAACAAUAUUCCUGUGACCAGUGUCGGACAUAUUACCCAUCUGUGUGUCAACUGCAAACUGUAUAAAACUGUUUUUGUAACCAGUUUAUUAAGUAUUUUAUUCCAGAUCCUUUACUUGCAAGUACCCUAGAAUCCAUGUCCAAUUGAAAAGACGGCCUAUCGGCCUCCCGAGUGGCGCAGCGGUCUAAGGCACUGCAUCGCAGUGCUAGAGGCGUCACUACAGACCUGGGUUCGAUCCCGGGCAGUAUCACAACCGGCCGUGAUCGGGAGUCCCAUAGGGUGGCGCACAAUUGUCGUCCGCGUUAGGGGAGGGUUUGGCCGGGGGGGGCUUUACUUGGAUCAUCACGCUCUAGCGACUCCUUGUGGCGGGCCGGGCGCCUGCAGGCUGACCUCGGUUGUCAGGUUAACAGUGUUUCCUCCGACACAUUGGUGUGACUGGCUUCCGGGUUAAGUGGACGGGUGUUAAGAAGCGCAGUUUGGCGGGUCAUGUUUCGGAGGACUCAUGACUCGACCUCUGCCUCCUGAGCCCAUUGGGGAGUUGCAGCAAUGAGACAAGAUCGAAAUUGGCGAGAAACGGGGGUAAAAUACAAAACAAAAAUAGAUGGCCUAUCAUUAAAUGUCCUGUCGCUCAUACAUGUUUCUAUAGUACGUUAUAUUUUAGUUAGGACUGUUUGGGAUUUAUUCUCAGUUUGACAGAUCUUCAUCACCAAGGUUGGGGUCAUUCAGUAAUUUGGUCAACUGAAAUCCCAAUUUAAUGUAAUUGACCCCAACCCUGUUUAUCACCUUCAACAUUCUACAUAUCAUUGUAUAAGAGGAGUGACUUCAUCUGCGUCAUCCAGAGUACAAUAGAUGUGAGGACGGAGGAUUGUGUAAGUGUUACUCAACAGGACCAACAUAAGGUCACCAUGUUGCUCUAUGUUAUUCCCUAUGUUAUGGAGGUCACUAGCUAUAAUAGCUGUCCAAAGAAUCGAACUAAAAUGGUAUUAAAAUAAGUCACCACCUCCAUGGGCACUGUGUAAAUUAUGAUGGCCUUGUUAGUGUUUCAGUCUGGUCAUUCAGGGCUAACUCUAACUUCACCAUCUGUGUGUGGAUUUCAUCUGGCAGAAAAAUACACACAACAAAACAACUAAAACCCCAAUGGGAAGUUUGCAUGACAACAUACCUUUUUAAUCAUCCUUUAGUCUUGGUACAGUAUGCUUUCAGAUGAGCUGCUGUGUCAGAUGUCAGACAGACAGAACCAGGUUCAUUUUGCCCAUUGUUUGAAGCAGGAGUCAGUUGGAGUGCUAAUUGUGAGAAUUAACUGAACAGAUCAAUAAUUUGCAGCUCAGCAGAGGCUUUUUCCUUGUGGGACUUCCACAGCCUCUUCACGUUUAAUCGAUAUCCAUUCAUUCACUACUCCUGACACUUCAGCAUGGUCAUUAAAAGUGUUGUUUUUGUUGUUGUUGUUGUUGUUGUUGUUGUUGUUGUUGAGGACUAUGCCACCUGAGGUUAUGCUUUCCUUUCCUUCUUCCUUACCACAAAUUGCCUUAAGCAGAGAUUUAUAUUUCAUGACGAGAUGCUCAUGUCUCCACCCUAACAAUGGGAGUCGUUGUCCUAAAGGCGGGAAGGCAGGCGACAAGCUUAGGUUGCAUAUUAAGCCCAUAGAAAAGCAUUGGGCUUACUUUGGACAGAUUUUGGCGAGAGUGAAACCUCUCGCUUCGCCUCAUUCUCGCUGCUUUAAAUCACAUUUCCCUUUACAUCAGACCACCCCUACCUAGACCCACUUUCUGCCCACAAAGUAAUUUUCUGGUCAGGAUCGGAUGGCAGACUGGCAUUGCGGUAAACACACAGAGAACUGUGGGAAUGUAGGUCAAAAGGAUAGUAUUUUUACAGUGAAAGCUGUGGUAAGCUGGUUGGUUGUGAUCUUGUGGGUGCGUGGGCUGGGAUGUGCUGCCUGCCUCCGCUCCGCUGUGGGCGAAGCGUUUGAUGAGUCAUGUGUGUGUGUGUGUGUGUGUGUGUGUGUGUGUGUGUGUGUGUGUGUGUGUGUGUGUGUGUGUGUGUGUGUGUGUGUGUGUGUGUGUGUGUGUGUGUGUGUGUGCGUGCGUGCAUGCGUGCGUGCGUGUGCGUGUGCGUGCGUGUGUGUGGAGGCGCUGACAUUCUCACCCCUCAGGAGCUAACCAACCAUCUCUGGCCACUCUACACUGAAAAUGGGACUAAGAAUCCGAGUUAGCACAUCAUUCAGUUUCACUCCAUUUCAGCGACAACACUGGAUUUCAUCACUUCUCUCAGUGCCACUGCCUUAACUAAAAGUUGUUGUACAGUCCUAGGAUGAGUCUCAAAUGGCACCCUGUUUCCUAUAGUGCACUGCUAUGGGACCUGGUCAAGGGGGGAAAAGUAAGGAACUUGUCUGUCGGCCCUGCAUUAAAGACCAUAAUUGGUUAAAGAAAAUUGUGAUAAAUAAAAAAGUAUACCAGCUUCAUUUAAGGACCAAAGGAUUGACAGCCGACCCAUAUAGAUUGCAAAAUAGUUGGGAAGAGAUUUUUGACGUACCGAUUCCAUGGCAAAUGGUUUAUGAACUGAUACGCAAAACGACUCCGGAUUCAAAACGUAGAAUUGUUCAAUUUAAAUUAUUAUACAAAAUUCUUGCUACCAAUAGAAUGUUAUUUAUAUGGGGGAUACAAUCUUCCCAGCUCUGCAGAUUUUGCUGCGAAGAGACAGAAUCAUUAGAUCAUUUGUUUUGGUUUUGUUUUGUCCAUUUGUAGCUUGUUUUUGGUCACAGGUCAAGGAAUGGCUGAAGGAUUGCAAUAUUUACCUGGAGCUAACCCUGCAGAUAGCAUUACUGGGUGAUCUGAAAAGUCAUAGUCAAUCGAUCAAUAAUAUAAUAAUACUUUUAGCAAAAAUGUUUAUUUUCAAUUUACAAUCUGUAGAAACAAUGAGAAUGGAAGGGUUCAGAACUUUUGUGAAACAUCACAGUACAGUUCAAAAAUAUAUAACAAAUAGAAAUCCAAUAUGGAUGGUGUCAAGAGAUAGAUGUGAGGGGUUGAAUGGAGCUGAAGGUUGGGACUAAUAACAACAAGAUAACUAAUGUAAAACAUACUGUGUCCAUAAUAAGUACAGUGAGGGAAAAAAGUAUUUGAUCCCCUGCUGAUUUUGUACUGCUGAUUUUGUACGUUUGCCCACUGACAAAGAAAUGAUCAGUCUAUAAUUUUAAUGGUAGGUUUAUUUGAACAGUGAGAGUCAGAAUAACAACAAAAAAAUCCAGAAAAACAUAUGUCAAAAAUUUUAUAAAUUGAUUUGCAUUUUAAUGAGGGAAAUAAGUAUUUGACCCCCUCUCAAUCAGAAAGAUUUCUGGCUCCCAGGUGUCUUUUAUACAGGUAACGAGCUGAGAUUAGGAGCACACUCUUAAAGGGAGUGCUUCUAAUCUCAGCUUGUUACCUGUAUAAAAGACACCUGUCCACAGAAGCAAUCAAUCAAUCAGAUUCCAAACUCUCCACCAUGGCCAAGACCAAAGAGCUUUCCAAGGAUGUCAGGGACAAGGUUGUAGACCUACACAAGGCUGGAAUGGGCUACAAGACCAUCGCCAAGCAGCUUGGUGAGAAGGUGACAACAGUCAGUGCGAUUAUUCGCAAAUGGAAGAAACACAAAAUAACUGUCAAUCUCCCUCGGCCUGGGGCUCCACGCAAGAACUCACCUCGUGGAGUUGCAAUGAUCAUGAGAACGGUGAGGAAUCAGCCCAGAACUACACGGGAGGAUCUUGUCAAUGAUCUCAAGGCAGCUGGGACCAUAGUCACCAAGAAAACAAUUGGUAACACACUACGCCGUGAAGGACUGAAAUCCUGCAGCGCCCGCAAGGUCCCCCUGCUCAAGAAAGCACAUAUUCAGGCCCGUCUGAAGUUUGGCAAUGAACAUCUGAAUGAUUCAGAGGAGAACUGGGUGAAAGUGUUGUGGUCAGAUGAGACCAAAAUCGAGCUCUUUGGCAUCAACUCAACUCGCCGUGUUUGGAGGAGGAGGAAUGCUGCUUAUGACCCCAAGAACACCAUCCCCACUGUCAAACAUGGAGGUGGAAACAUUAUGCUUUGGGGGUGUUUUUCAGCUAAGGGGACAGGACAACUUCAGCGCAUCAAAGGGACGAUGGACGGGGCCAUGUACCGUCAAAUCUUGGGUGAGAACCUCCUUCCCUCAGCCAGGGCAUUGAAAGUGGGUCGUGGAUGGGUAUUCCAGCAUGACAAUGAACCAAAACACACGGCCAAGGCAACAAAGGAGUGGCUCAAGAAGAAGCACAUUAAGGUCCUGGAGUGGCCUAGCCAGUCUCCAGACCUUAAUCCCAUAGAACAUUUGUGGAGGGAGCUGAAGGUUCGAGUUGCCAAACGUCAGCCUCGAAACCUUAAUGACUUGGAGAAGAUCUGCAAAGAGGAGUGGGACAAAAUCCCUCCUGAGAUGUGUGCAAACCUGGUGGCCAACUACAAGAAACGUCUGACCUCUGUGAUUGCCAACAAGGGUUUUGCCACCAAGUACUAAGUCAUGUUUUGCAGAGGGUCAAAUACUUAUUUUCCUCAUUAAAAUGCAAAUCAAUUUAUAACAUUUUUUGACAUGCGUUGUUUUCUGGAUUUUUUAGUUGUUAUUCUGUCUCUCACUAUUCAAAUAAACAUACCAUUAAAAUUAUAGACUGAUCAUUUCUUUGUCAGUGGGCAAACGUACAAAAUCAGCAGGGGAUCAAAUACUUUUUUCCCUCACUGUAUAUAGGUUAUAGGUUAAGAACUUUUGUGAAAGAGCACAGUUUGAAAGAUAUGGCAUAUAGAGGCAAGCCGGAUGGACAUCAGGAAAAUGAUCGGAGAGAUUGAGGGUAGAGGAAGUUCAGGAGUAGGAGCAAACAAGAUGGAACUAUUGUAGAAUUGACUGUGUCCAUAAAAUGUAUAUGGUAUGUAUAAGCUGGAAGUAGAGGCCUAAGCGUUGUUGUUCCAUAGUUUACUCCAAUUAGGGGAGGGGUGGUGGGGUUGGAAAGUAAUAAAGGAAAAUAUAUAUUUUAAAAAAAUGAUAUAUAUACACUCCUCAAAAAAAUAAAGGGAACACUUAAACAACACAAUGUAACUCCAAGUCAAUCACACUUCUGUGAAAUCAAACUGUCCACUUAGGAAGCAACACUGAUUGACAAUAAAUGUCACAUGCUGUUGUGCAAAUGGAAUUGACAACAGGUGGAAAUUAUAAGGAAUUAGCAAGACACCCCCAAUAAAGAAGUGGUUCUGCAGGUGGUGACCACUGACCACUUCUCAGUUCCUAUGCUUCCUGGCUGAUGUUUUGGUCACUUUUGAAUGCUGGCGGUGCUUUCACUCUAGUGGUAGCAUGAGACGGAGUCUACAACCCACACAAGUGGCUCAGGUAGUGCAGCUCAUCCAGGAUGGAACAUCAAUGCGAGCUGUGGCAAGAAGGUUUGCUGUGUCUGUCAGCGUAGUGUCCAGAGCUUGGAGGCGCUACCAGGAGACAGGCCAGUACAUCAGGAGACGUGGAGGAGGCCGUAGGAGGGCAACAACCCAGUAGCAGGACCGCUACCUCCGCCUUUGUGCAAGGAGGAGCAGGAGGAGCACUGCCAGAGCCCUGCAAAAUGACCUCCAGCAGGCCACAAAUGUGCAUGUGUCUGCUCAAACGGUCAGAAACAGACUCCAUGAGGGUGGUAUGAGGGCCCGACAUCCACAGGUGGAGGUUGUGCUUACAGCCCAACACCGUGCAGGACGUUUGGCAUUUGCCAGAGAACACCAAGAUUGGCAAAUUCGCCACUGGCGCCCUGUGCUCUUCACAGAUGAAAGCAGGUUCACACUGAGCACGUGACAGACGUGACAGUGUCUGGAGACGCCGUGGAGAAUGUUCUGCUGCCUGCAACAUCCUCCAGCAUGACCGGUUUGGCGGUGGGUCAGUCAUGGUGUGGGGUGGCAUUUCUUUGGGGGGCCUCCAUGUGCUCACCAGAGGUAGCCUGACUGCCAUUAGGUACCGAGAUGAGAUCCUCAGACCCCUUGUGAGACGAUAUGCUGGUGCGGUUGGCCCUGGGUUCCUCCUAAUGCAAGACAAUGCUAGACCUCAUGUGGCUGGAGUGUGUCAGCAGUUCCUGCAAGAGGAAGGCAUUGAUGCUAUGGACUGGCCAGCCCGUUCCCCAGACCUGAAUUCAAUUGAGCACAUCUGGGACAUCAUGUCUCGUUCCAUCCACCAACGCCACGUUGCACCACAGACUGUCCAGGAGUUGGCGGAUACUUUAGUCCAGGUCUGGGAGGAGAUCCCUCAGGAGACCUCAUCAGGAGCAUGCCCAGGCAUUGUAGGGAGGUCAUACAGGUACGUGGAGGCCACACACACUACUGAGCCUCAUUUUGACUUGUUUUAAGGACAUUACAUCAAAGUUGGAUCAGCCUGUAGUGUGGUUUUCCACUUUAAUUUUGAGGGUGACUCCAAAUCCAGACCUCCAUGGGUUGAUAAAUUUGAUUUCCAUUGAUAAUUUUUGUGUGAUUUUGUUGUCAGCACAUUCAACUAUGUAAACAAAAAAGUAUUUAAUAAGAUUAUUUCAUUCAUUUAGAUCUAGGAUGUGUUGUUUAAGUGUUCCCUUUAUUUUUUUUUACAGUAUGUAUGUAUGUAUGUAUGUAUGUAUGUAUGUAUGUAUGUAUGUAUGUAUGUAUGUAUGUAUGUAUGUAUGUGUAUGUAUGUAUGUAUAUAUAUAUAUAUAUAUAUAUAUAUAUAUAUACAGUGGGGCAAAAAAGUAUUUAGUCAGCCACCAAUUGUGCAAGUUCUCCCACUUAAAAAGAUGAGAGAGGCCUGUAAUUUUCAUCAUAGGUACACGUCAACUAUAAAAGACAAAAUGAGAAAAAAAUUUCCAGAAAAUCACAUUAUAGGAUUUUUAAUGAAUUUAUUUGCAAAUUAUGGUGGAAAAUAAGUAUUUGGUCAAUAACAAAAGUUUUGUCAAUACUUUGUUAUAUACCCUUUGUUGGCAAUGACACAGGUCAAACGUUUUCUGUAAGUCUUCACAAGGUUUUCACACACUGUUGCUGGUAUUUUGGCCCAUUCCUCCAUGCAGAUCUCCUCUAGAGCAGUGAUGUUUUGGGGCUGUCGCUGGGCAACACGGACUUUCAACUCCUUCCAAAGAUUUUCUAUGGGGUUGAGAUCUGGAGACUGGCUAGGCCACUCCAGGACCUUGAAAUGCUUCUUACGAAGCCACUCCUUCGUUGCCCGGGCGGUGUGUUUGGGAUCAUUGUCAUGCUGAAAGACCCAGCCACGUUUCAUCUUCAAUGCCCUUGCUGAUGGAAGGAGGUUUUCACUCAAAAUCUCACGAUACAUGGCCCCAUUCAUUCUUUCCUUUACACGGAUCAGUCGUCCUGGUCCCUUUGCAGAAAAACAGCCCCAAAGCAUGAUGUUUCCACCCCCAUGCUUCACAGUAGGUAUGGUGUUCUCUCAGCAUUCUUUGUCCUCCAAACACGACGAGUUGAGUUUUUACCAAAAAGUUAUAUUUUGGUUUCAUCUGACCAUAUGACAUUCUCCCAAUCCUCUUCUGGAUCAUCCAAAUGCACUCUAGCAAACUUCAGACGGGCCUGGAUAUGUACUGGCUUAAGCAGGGGGACACGUCCUGCACUGCAGGAUUUGAGUCCCUGGCGGCGUAGUGUGUUACUGAUGGUAGGCUUUGUUACUUUGUUCCCAGCUCUCUGCAGGUCAUUCACUAGGUCCCCCCGUGUGGUUCUGGGAUUUUUGCUCACCGUUCUUGUGAUCAAUUUGACCCCACGGGGUGAGAUCUUGCGUGGAGCCCCAGAUCGAGGGAGAUUAUCAGUGGUCUUGUAUGUCUUCCAUUUCCUAAUAAUUGCUCCCACAGUUGAUUUCUUCAAACCAAGCUGCUUACCUAUUGCAGAUUCAGUCUUCCCAGCCUGGUGCAGGUCUACAAUUUUGUUUCUGGUGUCCUUUGACAGCUCUUUGGUCUUGGCCAUAGUGGAGUUUGGAGUGUGACUGUUUGAGGUUGUGGACAGGUGUCUUUUAUACUGAUAACAAGUUCAAACAAGUGCCAUUAAUACAGGUAACGAGUGGAGGACAGAGGAUCCUCUUAAAGAAGAAGUUACAGGUCUGUGAGAGCCAGAAAUCUUGCUUGUUUGUAGGUGACCAAAUACUUAUUUUCCACCAUAAUUUGCAAAUAAAUUCAUAAAAAAUCCUACAAUGUGAUUUUCUGGAUUUUUUUUCCUCAAUUUGUCUGUCAUAGUUGAUGUGUACCUAUGAUGAAAAUUACAGGCCUCUCUCAUCUUUUUAAGUGGGAGAACUUGCACAAUUGGUGGCUGACUAAAUACUUUUUUUCCCCACUGUAUAUAUAUAUAUAUAUAUAUAUAUAUAUAUAUAUAUGUAUACACUACCAUUCAAAAGUUUGGACACACCUACUCAUUUUUCUUUAUUUUUACAAUUUUCUACAUUGUUGAAUAAUAGUGAAGACAUCAAAACUAUGAAAUAACACAUAUGGAAUCAUGUAGUAACCAAAAAAGUGUUAAACUAAUCAAAAUAUAUUUUAUAUUUGAGAUUCUUCAAAAAGCCACCCUUUGCCUUAAUGACAGCUUUGCACACUCUUCACUAUUAUUCUACAAUGUAGAACAUUUUAAAAAUAAAGAAAAACCCUUGAAUGAGUAGGUGUGUCCAAACCUUUGACUGGUACUGUAUAUAUAUAUAUAUAUAUUUGUGAAAAAAUAUAUAUGGGGGAUUGGAAGUGAUGCAGACAAUUACAUUGAUGGAAGUUACAAUCUAUCUGCAAUAUUAAAGUAGAUAUACCCCCUAAAGAAAAUGUUUAAAAUCAAAGGGAAUAGGGUGCUGUUUGAGACGCAGCCAUACAUUGCCUGCACAGGAGGUUGGUGGCACCUUAACUGGGGAGGACGGGCAUGUGGUAAUGGCUGGAGAGGAAUGGGUGGAAAGGUAUCAACAACAUCAAACACAUGGUUUCAAUGUGUUUGAUGCCAUUACAUUCUAUCCGUUCCAGCCACUAUUAUGAGCCAUCCUCCCCUCAGCAGCCUCCACUGAUUGCCUGGGAAACUUGGGGCAGCAGGAUUUGAUAUGUAAUUGGGAGCUGUGCCACAUCUUUUGAACACUUCUGGCUGCACUUCCUCUCUAGUACCAAGAGCAGGGCAGUGAGGUUAAUGAAUGUGACUGAGUCCCAAAUGGCAUCCUAUUCCCUAUAUAGUGCACCAUGGGCUAAGGUCAAAAGAAGUCCACUAUAGGGAAUAGUGCCAUUUGGGACUCACCCAGACACACACACACACACACACAAACACACACACACACACACACACACACACACACACACACACACACACUGUGUCUUGUAUAGAGUGUGGCAGCUCUCUCAGUGUGAUGUCAGGCUGGAUAAGUGAUUAUGGUCACAGACCUGACCAUUAAUCUCCUCAGACCUUAAAGAGACAGUAACGGUGCACGCUGAAUCUCAUCACACACAGUGGACAGUCACACUGAGCCUCAUUAGCUAGUUAGUGGAUGGUUACUGUAUAUCAAUGGAUUUGCUGUGCUAAUCAUCAUGGAGUUUAAUGAGUGCCUGGGCUUGGUCUUGUGAUUAAGGCUGCUAUCUACAGAACAUGUACAAUCCACAGCUGGCGUCCUCUGUGUCAAAUAUCUCCUUCGUUCAUACCUGUCUCCAUAAAAACGAGAUAAAAAGGUGUUUAACAAGCAAUAAGUGGGCAGCAGUGGAAUGUGGAAUGACAGACUCUAACUCUAUCACUUGUUUGUACUGUAUGUUUCAGGUGGGCUCAGCACUAUGUGAAGAGCUGGUCAGAGAGAAACUUUGCCCUGUUGCCUUAUGAGGUUCAGAGAGCGUCUAACUGCUGUGACUGGAGCCAUGGUGGGUUACACACACACACACACACACACACACACACACACACACACACACACACACACACACACACCAACAUCCUCAACUCAUUUUCCAUGUCAGUGCCUGACAGGAAGUCCCAACAGGAAGUAAAUCCAAACAUGAUCAAAUGAGCGGGUCAUCUUUAUUGAAUAACAGUCCUUUAUGGAAGGCGUGUUCAGGAGGGCAGUGUGGAUACAGACAGAUGUAGCAGGGUAAUCAGGUCUGGUAAUUGAGUGAGUGGCUGCAUCCCAAUUCUCUACCCUUCUCCUGAAUUGUGUACUUGCACUCCACAUCAUGAAUUUAAAAGCAUUGGAUUAGUAAAGCGUUGGCUGGAGGGAGUUUCCAACAUUGUAAGUCCAUGACAGGGAGUGUGCAAGGGCACACUUCGGGAAUAGGGUAGAAAGUGGGACACAUCCAGUGUCUUUCCCUCCUGCCCCCCUCAAGGAGGAGACAACUAGCUGAAGCUGGUUCUCCUCCAGGGCUGGGCUAUGUGUGACUCCAGGGCUGCUCUCGAGCUGCCUCCCCUGGGUACACCACUCUGGAGCUCAGCCUACAAACAUUACUGUUGGUGCUACUGUUCUGGAGCACAUGGCUGCUGCCAAAAUCUGUCCGUGCGCCAUAUAGCCUACAGGCCAAUCACCAAAUAAUGCUUUUGGGAAAAGGCAGAAAUAGUUAACGUCAAUCCACCGAGGCAAAAAGGACAUUGUCGAAGUUUAUUAAAUAAGACAAAAGCUGCGAAAGGACAGUUGAAAAAGAGAAGGGAGGGACAGAAAAGUAAUGUUUGGGGAAAAUUUGCUGAAAUGGUAGACGAUGACAGCAGUGCCGGCUUUGUCAUGUGUGAUGAUUGUGAGGGGCUAUACAAAUUCCACAGUCACAAGAUGGGACUUCAAAUAGGCCUAUGGCAUGUCAAAGGAACUGUAGCCUACUGUUUAGAUGGGUUAAAUGGAAACUGAAAAAUGGACACUGACUGUAGGUCUAUAGCCUCUCACAUAGCCUUAACAUUAACUCCUGCAGAAUUAAGCAUUUCUUGCAGUAAAUGAUACACCAAAUGUAGACAAAAUCUGCACUUGGGAACAGGAGUGGAGAAAUAUGAUUUCUUUCUUUCUGCAUCUUAAGAUGCUGUCAGCAUCAUAAAAGCUAAUAGUAUUUUAACCACAUAAAAUAUGCAUCGAAGCCGAACUGGAAUCUUAUCAGAAACAUAUUGGGUUUUCACAGCUUUCUAUUUCCUUACAACCGGUCAAACUGAUGUAAUUUGGACAUUUUUCACAGAAAAUCUUUCCCGUUUUUUUUUUUUGCGUUAUUCCGUUUUCUCCACAGUCCCUAAACGUCUUUGCUCCGCAAAAGAAGAUGACAUAGAAAACUUUACAGAUGUCAACUAGAAUUAAGCCUUCAUUCUAUCGAUCUAUUACAUUAUUUUGUUGAGCAAGGGUUUAUUUAGUCUUCUAGGUCAACAUACAGUGGGGAAAAAAAGUAUUUAGUCAGCCACCAAUUGUGCAAGUUCUCCCACUUAAAAAGAUGAGAGAGGCCUGUAAUUUUCAUCAUAGGUACACAUCAACUAUGACAGACAAAUUGAGGAAAAAAAAUCCAGAAAAUCACAUUGUAGGAUUUUUUAUGAAUUUAUUUGCAAAUUAUGGUGGAAAAUAAGUAUUUGGUCACCUACAAACAAGCAAGAUUUCUGGCUCUCACAGACCUGUAACUUCUUCUUUAAGAGGAUCCUCUGUCCUCCACUCGUUACCUGUAUUAAUGGCACUUGUUUGAACUUGUUAUCAGUAUAAAAGACACCUGUCCACAACCUCAAACAGUCACACUCCAAACUCCACUAUGGCCAAGACCAAAGAGCUGUCAAAGGACACCAGAAACAAAAUUGUAGACCUGCACCAGGCUGGGAAGACUGAAUCUGCAAUAGGUAAGCAGCUUGGUUUGAAGAAAUCAACUGUGGGAGCAAUUAUUAGGAAAUGGAAGACAUACAAGACCACUGAUAAUCUCCCUCGAUCUGGGGCUCCACGCAAGAUCUCACCCCGUGGGGUCAAAUUGAUCACAAGAACGGUGAGCAAAAAUCCCAGAACCACACGGGGGGACCUAGUGAAUGACCUGCAGAGAGCUGGGAACAAAGUAACAAAGCCUACCAUCAGUAACACACUACGCCGCCAGGGACUCAAAUCCUGCAGUGCAGGACGUGUCCCCCUGCUUAAGCCAGUACAUAUCCAGGCCCGUCUGAAGUUUGCUAGAGUGCAUUUGGAUGAUCCAGAAGAGGAUUGGGAGAAUGUCAUAUGGUCAGAUGAAACCAAAAUAUAACUUUUUGGUAAAAACUCAACUCGUCGUGUUUGGAGGACAAAGAAUGCUGAGAGAACACCAUACCUACUGUGAAGCAUGGGGGUGGAAACAUCAUGCUUUGGGGCUGUUUUUCUGCAAAGGGACCAGGACGACUGAUCCGUGUAAAGGAAAGAAUGAAUGGGGCCAUGUAUCGUGAGAUUUUGAGUGAAAACCUCCUUCCAUCAGCAAGGGCAUUGAAGAUGAAACGUGGCUGGGUCUUUCAGCAUGACAAUGAUCCCAAACACACCGCCCGGGCAACGAAGGAGUGGCUUCGUAAGAAGCAUUUCAAGGUCCUGGAGUGGCCUAGCCAGUCUCCAGAUCUCAACCCCAUAGAAAAUCUUUGGAAGGAGUUGAAAGUCCGUGUUGCCCAGCGACAGCCCCAAAACAUCACUGCUCUAGAGGAGAUCUGCAUGGAGGAAUGGGCCAAAAUACCAGCAACAGUGUGUGAAAACCUUGUGAAGACUUACAGAAAACGUUUGACCUGUGUCAUUGCCAACAAAGGGUAUAUAACAAAGUAUUGACAAAACUUUUGUUAUUGACCAAAUACUUAUUUUCCACCAUAAUUUGCAAAUAAAUUCAUUAAAAAUCCUAUAAUGUGAUUUUCUGGAAAUUUUUUUCUCAUUUUGUCUUUCAUAGUUGACGUGUACCUAUGAUGAAAAUUACAGGCCUCUCUCAUCUUUUUAAGUGGGAGAACUUGCACAAUUGGUGGCUGACUAAAUACUUUUUUGCCCCACUGUAUAAUGACAAAAGAGAAGCUGCAUGUAUCUAAUUAUAGAUAAGUUGACUAACAAAUAGCCUACCAAAAUGUUGGAAAUUAUAAACAGAAACAUAUCUAAAUCAGGCAACAACAAAAAAUCCUGCACCCCCUGCGAAAAAAACGUUCUGCAGUCUUUGACUGUAGCCUAUAGCGCAUUUUCUAUAUUUGCGGGUUGUGGUUGGGUGCGGGCCUCAGAUUUGAACUUUAUCACAUACAGUCGGGCGGGUGCGGAUGGGUUAUUAACAAUUGCGGGCGGGUGCGCUACUAGUGUUGACUGAUUGAUAAUAAUUGUUGGUUGCAGCUGUUUUUAAAGUUUUGAUAUGACCUGUACGGUGUAAAAAGUGUUCUACUAUGUAAUAUUUGUUGUUUGUAGCUGGGGGUUUCUCAGCCUCUGCCUCUGGCCAGUAUUCACAAAGAGUCUCUGAGUAUGAGUACUGAUAUAGAAUAAGUUUAGCCUUCUAUAGACCAUAAUGAAAAAUGAUAUAUGGAAAGGGAACCUUAUCCUAGAUCAGUACUCUGUGACGCUUUUGAAUACAGGUGUACAUGUGUGACAGGGGAGCCGGCCCUGUUGAAGAAGCUGUGUUCAGCCAUAGGAGACGGGGUCAUGGGGGUCAACUAUUGUGACCUAUUCACCGCUGUGGAUCACCUGGCUGGAGAGAAGGACAUGGAAGGAGAGACACCCCUGGAGGAGGAGGUUCAGAGGGAAGAGGAGGUGAUAAAAAACUCCCUCCAUCUCACAUUAACUUGCUCACAGUCCCCCAUACCAAAAGCAAGGCCUUUUAACAAUACAGUUAUUCACAUUUUGCCUGUUUUAUUACUUGAUGAAUUACUAAGUGUGAUAUGACAAGGGUUUUCUUUGUUCCAUUUCAUACGAUAAAUGGUGAAAUGACACAGAAAACAGAAAGAGCUGUGAAGGGUGAACCUUAAAACAUGCCCUGCUAUCAGUGGAGGCUCCUCAGAGGAGGAAGGGGAGGACCAUCCUCCUCAGUGAAUUUCAUACAAAUAAAAAUAGUAAAACAUUAAAAAAGUUAUCCGUUUUAGAUAAAACUGUACUAAAUAUAUUCACCUCACCAAAUAAUUGAUGAAAACACACUGUUUUGCAGUGAAGGUCUACAGUAGCCUCAACAGCACUCUGUAGGGUAGCACCAUGGUGUAGCCAGAGGACAGCUAACUUCCGUCCUCCUCUGGGUACAUUGACUUCAAUACAAAACCUAGGAGGUUCAUGGUUCUCAUCCCCUUCCAUAGACUUACUCAGUAAUUAUGACAACUUCCGGAGGACGUCCUCCAACCUAUCAGAGCUCUUGCAGCAUGAACUGACAUGUUGUCCACCUAAUCAAAGGAUCAGAGAAUGACUCUGGUACUGAAAGCAUAAGCUACAGCUAGCUAGCACUGCAGUGCAUAAAAUGUGGUGAGUAGUUGACUCAAAGAGAGAGAAAGACAAUACAGUAGUUGAACAGUUUCUAACAAAUUAAUUUAUUCCAAAAUGAAGGAGAAGCAAAAGAGACAGAGAGAGAGAGCUAGUAAUAUUUUGUCUUUUUUUCCCACUUUCACUUUCACUUACUUAGCUAGCUAAUGCAACUAGUUAGUUUAGCCUACUCAAACACCUGGCUCAAACAGAGGGAUGCUAUCUUAGCUAGCUGGCAACACUGGAACUCUUCCAAGUCAAUGUAAGCUUUUGGUUUUAGUAAUUUAUUGCCACCGGGGCCCGCCGGUGUAACCGCUAAACUGCUUACUGACUGCAUGAUUGUAGCGUGUUUACUAACAAGCUAGUUCUGUUAGCUAUGUUGACUAAGACGUUACUUUAGCUAAUAUGGUGACAGCGAUGUAGGCUGGUGUGUAGCAGUUAGCGGUUAUGUUAUGAAGGUUUGACUUGGACAUUUUUUCCACCUGGUCACAGACAGCUGAUGUGUUGUGCGAAGGGAAAAGGUGAGAGGAGGAGAGCGCGUAGAUGCGAAAAGGAAUACAAAGAGCUAUUUCUAUAUGGCUGCUAUGAAAGUGAACUGUGUUUACGUGUGAUCAGGGGUGUAUUCAUUUAGCCAAUUCUGUUGAAAAACAUUUCUUAAACGGAAGCAAACGGAACAAAACGGGAAAAAACAUACCUGAAUUUGUCCAAUAGAAACUCUCGUUUGCAACUGUUGGACUAAUGAUUACACAGUAGAUCAGAUAGAUGCAGGCAAGAGUGUGCAAGGUGGUAUUGAAUGUGUCACUGUCUGUCCAUGUGUCACUGUCUGUCAACUCAACAUUUCUCUCAACCUGUGCGCACCUACGUUGUAAACUUUCAUUCAUAGGCUAGGUCGUAGCAACCUCAUGAUGGGUAUAGGGAAAAUUUGAGUAUCAUGUAGUAGUCUAAAUCUAUCGAUGUUACAUUGAACUGGGUAAAUGGAAUAUGAAUGACAGUCAUCCAAAAUGCUGUAAUAGAAAUAAGGCCAUGGUCAUUAAAAAAAAGAUUGUCCUCCCUCAUCUUAAACGGCACCGACCCCCACUGCCUGCUAUGCUCUCUGCCUCUCUCUUCCAACUCUCACACACACAUUGGGUAAAAGGUAGUGAUUCAUACACUAUAUAUAUAAAAGUAUGUGGACACCCCUUCAGAUUAGUGGAUUCGGCUAUUUCAGCCACCCGUUGCUGAUAGGUGUAUAAAAUCGAGCACAAAGCCAUGCAAUCUCCAUAGAUAAACAUUGGCAGUAGAAUGGCCUUACUGAAGAGCUCAGUGACUUUCAAUGUGGUACCGUCAUAGGAUGCCACCUUUCCAACAAGUCAGUUCGUCAAAUUUCUGCCCUGCUAGAGCUGCUCCGGUCAACUGUAAUUGCUGUUAUUGUGAAGUGGAAACGUCUAGGAGCAACAACAGCUCAGCCGCAAAGUGGUAGGUCACACCAGUUCACAGAACAAGACCACUGAGUGCUGAACCGCGUAAUGCGUAAAAAUCGUCUGUUCUCAGUUGCAACACUCACUGCCGAGUUCCAAACUGCCUCUGGAAGCAACGUCAGCACAAUAAAUGUUUGUUUGGAUCUUCAUGAAAUGGGUUUCAAUGGCCGAGCAGCCGCGCACAAGCCUAAGAUCACCAUGCGCAAUGCCAAGCGUCGGCUGGAGUGGUGUAAAGCUCGCCUCCAUUGGACUAUGGAGCAGUGGAAUUGCGUUCUCUGGAGUGAUGAAUCACGCUUCACCAUCUGGCAAUCCAACGGACGAAUCUGGGUUUGGCGGAUGCCAGGAGAACGCUACCUGCCCCAAUGCAUAGUGCCAACUGUAAAGUUUGGUGGAGGAGGAUAAUGGUCUGGGGCUGUUUUUCAUGGUUUGGGCUAGGCCCCUUAGUUCCAGUGUUACUCGAGUCCUUCUGUUCACCCGACCUAGAAUAUCUAACAAUCAAAUGACGACCCGUAUUAUCUCCCAAGAUAAUUUUCUUUGGUUAUAGUCACGGCCGUGUAUAUCCCCCCUCAAGCCGAUACCACAACGGCCCUCAAAGAACUUCACUGGACCUUAUGCAAACUGGAAACCACAUAUCCUGAGGCUGCUGUAGCCGGCGAUUUUAACAAAGCAAAUUUGAGGACUAGGCUGCCAAAGUUCUAUCAACAUAUCGACUGUUGUACUCGCGCUGCUAAAAUCCUAGACCAUUGCUAUUCAAACUUCCGGGAUGGUUAUAAGGCCCUCCCCCGCCCUCCUUUUGGCAAAUCUGACCACGACUCCAUUUUGCUUCUCCCUUCCUAUAGGCAGAAACUCAAACAGGAAGUACCCGUGCUAAGGACUAUUCAACGCUGGUCUGACCAAUCGGAAUCCACGCUUCAAGAUUGUUUUGAUCACGUGGACUGGGAUAUGUUCCGGGUAGCUUGCGAAAAUAAUUUAGACGAAUACACUGAAACGGUGACUGAGUUUAUCAGGAACUGUAUAGGUGAUGUUGUGCCCACUGUGACUAUUAAAACCUACCCUAACCAGAAACCGUGGAUAGAUGGCAGUAUUCACGCAAAUCUGAAAGCGCGAACCCCCGCAUUCAACCAUGGCAAGGUGACUGGGAAUAUGAUAGAAUACAACACAGUGUAGCUACUCACUCGGCAAGGCAAUUAAACUGGCAAAACAUCUAUAUAGAGACAAAGUGGAGUUGCAAUUCAACGGCUCAGACACGAGACGUAUGUGGCAGGGUCUACAGACAACCACGGACUACAAAAAGAAAACCAGCCACAUCGCCGACACCGACGUCUCGCUUCCAGACAAGCUAAACACCUUCGGCCGCUUUGAGUAUAACACAGUGCCACUGACCAGGCCCACUACCAAGAACUGUGGCCUCUCCUUCUCCAUGGCCGACGUGAUUUAGACAUUUAAGCAUGUUAACCCCCGCAAGGCUGCCGGCCCAGACGGCAUCCCUAGCCGCGUCCUCAGAGCAUGCGCAGACCAGCUGGCUGGUGUGUUCAUGGACAUAUUCAAUCUCUCCCUUUCCCAAUCUGCUGUUCCCACAUGCUUCAAGAGGGCCACCAUUGUUCCUGUACCCAAGAAAGCAAAGGUAACUGAACUAUAUGACUAUCACCCUGUAGCACUCACCUCAGUCAUCAUGAAGUGCUUUGAGAGACUAGUCAAGGAUCAUAUCACCUCUACUUUACCUGUCACCCUAUACCCACUUCAAUUUGCUUACCGCCCCAAUAGAUCCACAGACGAUGCAAUUGCCAUCACACUGCACACUGCCCUAUCCCAUCUGGACAAGAGGAAUACCUAUGUAAGAAUGCUGUUCAUUGACUAUAGCUCAGCAUUCAACACCAUAGUACCCUCCAAGCUCAUCAUUAAGCUCGAGGCCCUGAGUCUGAACCCCGCCCUGUGCAACUGGGUCCUGGACUUCCUGAUGGGCCGCCCCCAGGUGGUGAAGGUAGGAAGCUUCAAGUUCCUUGGCGUACACAUCACCGACAAACUGAAAUGGUCCACCCACGCAGACAGUGUGGUGAAGAAGGCGCAACAGAGCCUCUUCAACCUCAGGAGGCUGAAGAAAUGUGGCUUAUCACCUAAAACCCUCACAAACUUUUACAGAUGCACAAUUGAGAGCAUCCUGUUGGGCUGUAUCACCGCCUGGUACGGCAACUGCACCGCCCACAAAGGGUGGUGCGGUCUGCCGAACGCAUUACCGGGGGCAAACUACCCGCCCUCCAAGACACAUACAGCACCCGAUGUCACAGGAAGGCCAAAAAGAUAAUCAAGGACAUGAACCACCCGAGCCACUGCCUGUUCACCCCGCUAUCAUCCAGAAGGUGAGGUCAGUACAGGUGCAUCAAAGCUGGGACCGAGAUAAUGAAAAACAGCUUCUAUCUCAAGGCCAUCAGACUGUUAAAUAGCCAUCGCUAGCACAUUAGAGGCUGCUGCCUAUUGAAAUCACUGGCCACUUUAAGAAAUGGAACACUAGUCACCUUAAUAAUGUUUACAUAUCUUGCACUACUCAUCUCAUAUGUAUAUACUGCAUUCUAUUCUAUAAUAUUAUUCUGUAUCUUAGCCCAUGCCGCUCUGUCAUUGCUUGUCCAUAUACAGUGGGGAGAACAAGUAUUUGAUACACUGCCGAUUUUGCAGGUUUUCCUACUUACAAAGCAUGUAGAGGUCUGUAAUUUUUAUCAUAGGUACACUUCAACUGUGAGAGACGGAAUCUAAAACAAAAUCCAGAAAAUCACAUUGUAUGAUUUUUAAAUAAUGAAUUUGCAUUUUAUUGCAUGACAUAAGUAUUUGAUCACCUACUAACCAGUAAGAAUUCCGGCUCUCACAGACCUGUUAGUUUUUCUUUAAGAAGCCCUCCUGUUCUCCACUCAUUACCUGUAUUAACUGCACCUGUUUGAACUUGUUACCUGUAUAAAAGACACCUGUCCACACACUCAAUCAAACAUACUCCAACCUCUCCACAAUGGCCAAGACCAGAGAGCUGUGUAAGGACAUCAGUGAUACAUUUGUAGACCUGCACAAGGCUGGGAUGGGCUACAGGACAAUAGGCAAGCAGCUUGGUGAGAAGGCAACAACUGUUGGCGCAAUUAUUAGAAAAUGGAAGAAGUUCAAGAUGACGGUCAAUCACCCUCGGUCUGGGGCUCCAUGCAAGAUCUCACCUCAUGGGGCAUCAGUGAUCAUGAGGAAGGUGAGGGAUCAUCCCAGAACUACACGGCAGGACCUGGUCAAUGACCUGAAGAGAGCUGGGACCACAGUCUCAAAGAAAACCAUUAGAAACACACUACGCCAUCAUGGAUUAAAAUCCUGCAGCGCACGCAAGGUCCCCCUGCUCAAGCCAGCGCAUGUCCAGGCCCAUCUGAAGUUUGCCAAUGACCAUCUGGAUGAUCCAGAGGAGGAAUGGGAGAAGGUCAUGUGGUCUGAUGAGACAAAAAUAUAGCUUUUUGGUCUAAACUCCACUCGCCGUGUUUGGAGGAAGAAGAAGGAUGAGUACAACCCCAAGAACACCAUCCCAACCGUGAAGCAUGGAGGUGGAAACAUCAUUCUUUGGGGAUGCUUUUCUGCAAAGGGGACAGGACGACUGCACCGUAUUGAGGGGAGGAUGGAUGGGGCCAUGUAUCGCGAGAUCUUGGCCAACAACCUCCUUCCCUCAGUAAGAGCAUUGAAGAUGGGUCUUGGCUGGGUCUUCCAGCAUGACAACGACCCGAAUCACACAGCCAGGGCAACUAAGGAGUGGCUCCGUAAGAAGCAUCUCAAGGUCCUGGAGUGGCCUAGCCAGUCUCCAGACCUGAACCCAAUAGAAAAUCUUUAGAGGGAGCUGAAAGUCCGUAAUGCCCAGCAACAGCCCCGAAACCUGAAGGAUCUGGAGAAGGUCUGUAUGGAGGAGUGGGCCAAAAUCCCUGCUGCAGUGUGUGCAAACCUGGUCAAGACCUACAGGAAACGUAUGAUCUCUGUAAUUGCAAACAAAGGUUUCUGUACCAAAUAUUAAGUUCUGCUUUUCUGAUGUAUCAAAUACUUAUGUCAUGCAAUAAAAUGCAAAUUAAUUACUUAAAAAUCAUACAAUGUGAUUUUCUGGAUUUUUUUUUAGAUUCCGUCUCUCACAGUUGAAGUGUACCUAUGAUAAAAAUUACAGACCUCUACAUGCUUUGUAAGUAGGAAAACCUGCAGAAUCGGCAGUGUAUCAAAUACUUGUUCUCCCCACUGUAUGUAUAUAUUCUUAAAUCCCAUUCCUUACUUUUUUGUGUGUAUUGGGUAUAUGUUGUGAAAUUGUUAGAUAUUACUGCACUGUCGGAGCUAGAAGCACAAACAUUUCGCUACACCCACUAUAACAUCUGUUAAACACGUGUAUGUGACAAAUACAAUUUGAUUUGAUUUGAUUUGAAGGGAAAUCUUAACGCUACAGCACACAAUGACAUUCUAGACGAUUCUGUGCUUCCAACUUUGUGGCAACAGUUUGGGGAAGGCCUUUUACAGUUUCAGCAUGACAAUGCCCCCGUGCACAAAGCAAGGGACAUACAGAAAUUGAUUGUCGAGAUUGGUGUGGGAGAACUUGACUGGCCUUCACAGAGCCCUGACCUCAACCCCAUCGAACACCUUUGGGAUGAAUUGGAACGACGACUGCGAGCCAGGUGUAAUCGCCCAACAUCAGUGCUCGACCUCACUAAUGCUCUUGUGGCUGAAUGGAAGCAAGUCCCCACAGCAAUGUUCCAACAUCUAGUGGAAAGCCUUCCCAGAAGAGUGGAGGCUGUUAUAGCAGCAAAGGGGGGACAAACUCCAUAUUAAUGCCCAUGAUUUUGGAAUGAGAUGUUCGACGAGCAGGUGUCCACAUACUUUUGGUCAUGUAGUGUAGUUCCAGAGCCCCAUUAUGCCUAUAUAAUUACUCCCAGGGGAGUGUGACACAUCUGAAGGCUGCAGGCUGCAGACAUCCUGGUUUGGUUAGAGCUGUAUGGGCUGCAGGCAGGGUUAGGCUGUCUGGGUUAAGUCACACGUCCCUACAGGGAACAUGGCAGGAUGGAUUAGAGAGAGAGAGAGCGAGAGAGAGAGAGAGAGAGAGAGAGAGAGAGAGAGAGAGAGAGAGAGCGAGAGAGAGAAAGCAUGAUGAGGCAUGGGAGUGGCCUUCUCUAAUCUGCCUCUGUGUUACUUGUGGCCAGUAGUCAGAUGGGGUGAGAUCCAGAGUGUGGGAGAGGAAGGGAGAGAGUGAGGACAGGAGGGAGGGUUUGUGUAUGAAAGGGAGCUUCUCCCCACCCUCCAGCUCUGUUUUUUUUAUAAACAUUGAGGCGAUGUGGAGGAGGCGGGAGCAGCCUCAGCUGAUGACAUCAUCCAUUUAGCUCAAGGGAGCUCAAGUGGAUUCUGCAAGAGAGAGGGAGAGAGAGAGGGAGAGAGAGAGAGAGAGAGAGAGAGAGGGAGAGUGAGAGAGGGGAAGAGGGAGGAGGAGGGGUGGUUACCAUGGUGAUGGGUCCUUUUAAGCAGCUGCUGAUUCGCUCGUGCUCUCUCUCUCUUUCCCCCUCCCUCUCCUCCUCCUCCUCUCUCCCUAUCUCCUCUCCUCUCUCAACCAGCCGUUUAGGUGAGAGAUUGGUGCUCUGCACGCUAGGCUGUGGACCUUCCUGCUCCAGUCAUUCUACUCCGUCCGCCAUACGCGGGGAUGGGAGACCCUGCCCUCCAAGCACAGAGAGAGGAUACUGGCAGGUAAGAGAAGGGAGGACAUCUUUAUUCUAUGGGGCUUUAGCUGUAGUUUGGAGGUGAUCUGAUCUGUCUCUCACUGCAGAAGACAGCCAAAGCUCUGUUUCUCUAAGCUCAGAUGGGAUAUUACAGAUCUGUUCAACAUGUUUGAUCUUGCUUGGCAUGACAAUGACCAUAGGAGAUGGCAAGAGACAGCACAGACAGAUCUGGGAGCAGGCUACAGUGAUGAAGCACAGGCUCUGUCUCUGCAUGAUUAGAGAGGAAGGAACCAAAGCCCCUGAAGCAUAUGUUACUGCUGCUGCUGCCUCUGGGUAACAUCAGACAUUUAAUGGCUGCUUUCAGCACAGUUGCAGAACAAAACAGAGCACAAACAUACACGAACUGGAGAUCCAUCUGUUGUUUGGGCGAGGAGGAGGGUCAGUCAGUCUGUCACCCCAUUUUCAGCCAAUUUGUAGCUAGCGAUUAGGCUAACAUGCAAAUACUACACCAGACUCAACAUGUUCUAUUCUGUAUUGUAAUAAAGGGGCGGGGUGGAGGGUUGAAUUCCUCUCUCUUUGUGGAUUUUACACAUAAUUAUAUGCAUUCUCUGAGAAACAAAUAAUGCACUGAUUUGUUUUGACUGUUUAGCUUUGUGAUCCAUUGAAAUGCAUGGCAUUAAUUAUUUAUUGAACUUGGUUUUAAAAUUCCACUGACAUUCCAUACUGUUGAAAUCUCCCCGUCACUAACAUAGCUCACACGUACGCAUGCACAUACACACGACAAGGCACAUAGAAUUAAUAUACAUAGUUGCAUGCAGUAAUGUAGUCACACACGCCACAUCAUACACACCCAACACAGACACACACACUCGACUACAUUCCGGUGCAACGGUUUGGUCUUGAUUUGGUGCAUCUCUGGGGAAAUGGAAGGAUGUGCUGUGAAGUCUUUUCUUGCUUGGCAGUCACAAUUGACUGACGUUUCAUUGUUUAAAUGAAAGCCUCUCCACAUCAGGAUUUUACGCAUUGUUUCACCUUCUGUAUCUCAUUUAAAUUAAAAUCAGGAAGCCUUAGGUAGAAUAGCCUCGUUGCAGUAUCGGUCUCUUCAAUGGACACGUCAUGGAUUUGAUAUUUCAGGGACAUGUUGGUACAGUUCACAUGGAAAAUACCCAUCAUCAAACUGAAUGCUCCUUUUGUUGAGAAUGCAAGACAGAACCAGGUCAAUGCGUCUCGAAAGAUGUUUGUGGCUACCUGUUUUUUGUAUGAGUACUGUGCCUUGAAGGUUUUUGAAUGUGAUGGUAAUUUAACCAUGUUUUAAAUGUGUUGUUUUAAAUUUAAUUAUGUGUUUGUCUCUCCUAUAGCUGCUCUUGAUAAAGGAGGCAGUAGAAGACUUGGGGAAAAGCCUGUAUUCACCAGCUCACAGGUAAUGCAUGAUAAAAGCGUAUUUAUUCUUUAAUUUACUAGCUAUUGUUUAAUUACUCUCUUGUAUUGUUAGAACUUAGUUGGGUGACAUGUUCCCAUCUAUAACACAGAGAAACCUGUGUAAUGAUAUUAGGAUAUGUGGCUAUGAUGCCUAUUUAGUUGCAUACACUGAUUAUACUAAGUGCUCAAUGACUCAAAUGUAAAUGUAACGGUGUAAUUAUGAUUUAGGAGGCUGACUUUUAAAAGCCUGUAAUUACUACACACUGACACAGGGAUGUGAAUGGUGGAAACACUAGAGCGGGCCUCACACACACACACACACACACACACACACACACACACACACACACACACACACACACACACACACACACUGCUGCUGUUUCAUUUUUUAUUUUUUUAUUUUUUAGUUAUACAUUUUUUACUUAACACUUAUUUUUCUUAAAACUGCAUUGUUGGUUAAGGGCUUGUAAGUAAGCAUUUCACUGUAAGGUCUACACCUGUUGUAUUCGGUGCAUGUGACAAAUACAAUUUGAAUUUGAUUUGACACAAACACACACACACACACACACACACACACACUGAUUCUGUUGCUGAUGACUGUAGUUUCAUCAUUGACACAGAAAGCAAUUACCUUUCAGCCCCUCAGAGUGAUAAACACACAGACCUUGUGUCUUAUCAGACUGAUGAACAGUAACACAAGGCAGACAGAACCUGGAAGGAUGUGGUGACGGCCGGGGUUGCUUUUGUUUUACAAACCUGAGUGUACAGUGCAGCUCAGUCACAUGCAGGCAUCCUCACCAGUAUUAUUCAAUCCUAUUGAAUUAACAUUUUAUUUGAGUAAUUUAGCAGACGCUCUCGAUUAACUUACAAUUAGUGCAUUGAUUCAACUAAUGUAUGUAAACCAACAUAUCAUGAAAAACCUUCUUAGCCGCUAUCUGCAAAAUCAGUGCUAAUCAGUUUCUAUAUCACAGGUUAGUUACAGGUAAUUACAGCUUAGUUACAGGUAAUUACAGGUUAGGUCGAACGUCCUUCAUCCCAGUCUUUAGUUGUUAAAUCAAGUCCAUAUGCUACUACUCAAUUAUACUAAAUUAUGUUGUGUGAUUUGAUAUUUUCCAUUCAAACCUCUCCCCCCUCUCUCUCUCUCUCUCUCUCUCUCUCUCUCUCUAGCAGCCGAGGGGUGUAAGAUGCCCCUCAGGUCCUGCAGCUGCUUGUGAGAGCCCUCCUGUCCACAGGACCAUUUGGGUAAUCAGGAACACAGGAACAGGAAGUUGCACUGUGGCUGCAUCAUUAGCCACCAUGAAGUCAGAUGGGCUGGGGACGCCAGGCCUCACAUCCACCGCAGGGACAGGGACUAAUGCUACCAAGCCUGGAGACACUGACCCAUUAAGGGCAAAGAACGUCAAGACCAAGCAGCCAGGUGACCACCGGAGCACCACGGCUAAAGCCAAGACUACAACUUCUGCAUCAGCCAAACCAGUGCUCAACGGUACGGCUGGCCCAGGGAGGGCUAGGAGGGAGGUAACCACCGCUAACGGACCCAGGGGGUCCCCAACAGGGGGGAAGGGGUCUAAGGACCAGGACAGGAAGGCUAACCCUAACCCUGGAGCCAGGCCCAAGACCUCUCCCCCAGGCACCACCUCCACAGCUCAGGCCAGGCCAGGGAAGCUGCAGAAGAGUACAGCAGGGAAGGGUGACUCUCUUCAGGGGGCAGACAGCAGCAUGGCCCACCCCGCCACUACCACCCCCUCCACAUCAGGCAGUGCCUCCCCUGACAACAGUUCCGGAAGCCCACGCAACUGCCCCACCAUGCCAGGUCUGGUCUAACAUCCAACAUAAUUAACUUGCUCCCCAGUGGGCAAAACUGGUUGAAAAGACAUUAUAAUUACUUUGUAAUGAUGUUCAACUCAUUUUGCCAGCUGGGAAACUGUAUUUCCCAGGUCUAACAUCCAAUGUUAUUAAGUUGCCUCCCAGCAGGGUAAAAAUGGUUGAAAAGACGCAAGGAUGUUGUAAUUACAUUGUAAUAACGUUGUGAUAAUGACGCUGUAAUGACGUCAUUCUAACCAGUUUUGCCGCUGGGUUAAUUCACUCAUUGUUAUGAUGACAUGAAUUCGAUUUUAUGGCAGGAAGUUAGAGUAUCUGAAUAAUUUGCUUGAUGCAGAAAUGAUUGGUAGCAGGUUUUGUGGAGAAUAAGUAGCAGAGUGAUUUACAUAAGUUAUGCUUUAUCCCAGAGGGGUUCUAGGGAGACAGGAGGGAAUACAUUGAAGUAGAAACACAUUGCAGUUGUACUGUGUAUAAAGAUGAAUCAAAAAGCACUUAUUUCUUUCAUACGUAUGAAUCAUUUUAAUGGUAGCACCACAGAAAUAAAAAUCCAUAUAGGUAGCACAGCCUGUGUGGCAACAGACACCCGAAAAGCCGCAGAGCUGAAGGUCAAAACCACACAGCUCACACACAGGGGUGUGACCAAUUGUUUCUCAACCCCCAGUCUGGUCCUAGCUCCCGUGGUGUAUGCUAGUUUGGAGAAUGAAAUCAAAGUUUAUUGGUUGCAUACACAGUUACGCAGAUGUUAUAGCGGGUGCAGCGAAAGCUUGAGUUGCCUCAACAUUGCAGUAGAACGUUAAAAAAAAUAGUUCAAAUAUUUAUUUUAAUCUAGAAAAAUCGGAACAAAUCCAAAUUACAAUCCAAAUAACACUACAACAAUAAUCCAAAAAAACUAUCUGUGCGUAUGUGCAUGGGAUGAAUGUACACAAAGAUAUACUAUGAAUGAUAUGUACAACAAUAGAUAUAUUACAGUGAGCUAUGUCGAGUACACAGUAUAUAAAUACACAGUGUGUCUAAACAGUAUAGAAAUGGGAAGUGACCAUUGUUCAAUGUCUAAAUGCAUGGGACAGCAGCGUAGUGUGUGUGUGUGUGUGAGCUUGUGUUUGUGUUUUUGAGUGUGUGCGUGUGUGUGUGAGCUUGUGUUUUUGUGUGUGUGUGUGUAUGUGUGUGUGUGUGUGUGUGUGUGUGUGUGUGUGUGUGUGUGUGUGUGUGUGUGAGCUUAUGUUUGUGUGUGUGUGUGUGUGUGUGUGUGCGUGUGUGAGCUUGUGUUUGUGUUUUUGUGUGUGUGUUUGUGUGUGUGUGUGCUUGUGUUUGUGUUUGUGUUUUUGUGUGAGUGUGUGUGUGUGAGCUUGUUUUUGUGUUUAUGUGUGUAUGUGUGUGUGUGUGAGAGCUUGUGUUUUGUGUGUGUGUGCGUGUGUGUGUGUGAGCUUGUGUUUGUGUUUUUGUGUGUGUGUGUGUGCUUGUGUUUGUGUUUGUGUUUUUGUGUGAGUGUUUGUGUGUGUGUGUGUGUGUGUGUGUGUGUGUGUGUGAGCUUGUGUUUGUGUUUUUGUGUGAGUGUGUAUGUGGGUGUAUGUGUGCAAAAAGGACUCGAUCAGGUGCAGAUCAGAGUACAGGGCCUCAGCCGGCCUGUCCCUCCUUUUCAUGCAACAGAGAAAGGGAGAGACUCAGAGUGCCAUAUGCUCUCCCUCUCUCCCUCUCUCUCUCUAACCAGCCCAGUCAUCCCAUCUAUACUCCAGCUCUAUGUUAUUGGCCCUGAUUGUGCAAUAUUUGGUUCUGAUGUGCAGUACUAUUAUCAGUUCCUAGCCUCUAGCUCUCACAUCCCUGUUAGCUCUCCCUAUAAUGGAAUCAUCUGUGUACUUUGUUUGAGGAUUUCAUGAGUUCAGUUAGCAUUUCCCCCCUCGAAACUGUCUGUUUAUUGUGGCUCUAUUCAUUAAUAAUAUUCUGCCUCUUAAUCCCUCAUUCUAAGUGAGCAGUUUUCAUUUUCAGAAAUUAGACAGUUUCCAACAAUGAAUAUCAGUGUUUGGUUAAACACACUAUAACGAUCCUCUGUGUUUUAGAUGUUAAGACAAAAACCCAGGCUAAAGUUCUGACCAAAUCUCCACUGACCAAACCCCCCCAGAAAAUAGACACAGCAAAGACCAACAGGUAAGCAGCAUUGCACCCGAAAUCAGAACAUCCAAUUUAGAUAGAAGACCAUCCCUGAGAAAUGGUAGAAACAACUCUGCUGCCCCCCACUGUUAUAUAGUGGUAAUUGCUAAUCCAUACAGAGAUGGGUGAAACGAUACAUUACAGUACUUGUUAAUGCCAAGGUCUUUUGAGAUUUAUGAGCUUUCAUCCCUUAGUGUUAUCAGACCCUGUGAUUUUGUAUCCAUUAUUUAUUGAUUGUUGUUAUUGUCCUAAAUUAAACAUUUUUUUAAAGAAAUUAAAAAUGGCUUUCAUUUUGUGAGUCAGGCUUCAUUUUCUGCUCUCCGGUGCUGUGUUCUUUUGAUUUGAUUGUUUUUUUCAUCUCCCUGAUCAGCCCUACCAAUAAGCCCAGCACCAGAGAGGCCAAUAAAGCCAAGCUCCCCGCUACAGGAAGAACAACAACUGUAGGAACAGGAGCCAGAGCAGACACGAAGGGGAUGAGCCCACCAACAGGCUCAGCUGAGAACCAUGGUGAGAGGCAGAACCGUGUGCGCGCGCGCGUGUGUGUGUGGACGUGCGUCCAUGCGUGCGUGCGUGUGUGUUUUUUCCAAUACAAAUCCUAACAUCAUCUCACUGUGGGCCAAAGUAUUGAAAUAUUCGUCCCUUUUUCUUGUUUCUCGUCACAUGCAGUCUCUAGAUCUGGGUCCUCCCUGAGUGCCAGAAAGCCUGCGUCUCCCAGGAAACAGGAGGAUAAGGAUAGCUCCACAGUCUCAGCAGACAAAACAGCCAGGAAGACCACAAAAAACACCCCAGCUACCCCAGCCACAGCCAAAUCUACUUCUAAACCAGCAAAGGCCAUCUCCAGCUCCUCUCCUUCCAAACAGCCUCCACUAGCAACGGCCAAACCUGGACCAAAGCAGAAGGGUACCUCUGAAUCUCCUACAGAGAAAGCCUCACCCAAGUCAGUUGGGCCAGUUAAAAACUCUUCCACCUCUGUCGUUUCAUCCAAAAAGCCUGCAGCUAAAGAGAAAGAGGGAUCUAAUGGUAAAACCUCUGCAGACACCCAGCAGGCUAAUGACACUGGUGCUGGAGCAGAGAGGGUCCCCUCCCAUUCAGAUCCCAGAGAGAAGGCCUCAGAGCCAGCAGCAACAUCCACAGAGCAGAGUCCAGCUCAUAACAGCCCACUACCACCAGGCCCCAAGGGCCACAGUGGAGGAGAGGACUCCCUCUCCUUACCCCUGAACGCCAGCCCUACGCAAAGUCCUCAGAAGUCUGCCAAACAACCAGGUAAACCUAACUGCACAGGAGGAGUCAGGGCUCUGUCCAGUCAGCCACCAGCAACCAACCACAUCUCUCAAGGGAAUGACCUCGUUAACAGAGAGCCUGCUAAGCACACAGAGGGGACAUACACAGGUAAACACACUCCUGGCUCAGCCACAGACCUUCCGCUGGACACCCCAACCCCAGGCAGCCCUCUGGAGGACUCGUGGAGCAGCCUGCACCACCAGGUCAGCCCCGAGUCAGAAUCCGGUAGCGCCACCACCUCAUCAGACGACAUCAAGCCUCGCUCUGAGGACUACGAUGCCGGGGGCUCCCAGGAUGAUGUGGACGACUGCUGCUCCAACGAUCGCGGCGAAUCCAAGGGGGGCGGCACCAUGCGUUGCCAUGACUUCCUGGGCCGCAGUAGUAGUGACACAAGUACGCCUGAGGAGCUGAAGAUGCUGGAUGGCGGGCUGCGGGUCGAGGUGAGGCUGAAGGGGCGCGAGGUAGAGACCACCAGCGAGGAGGAAGGGGUGAGGCGACGGCCGCGCUCCUGGCUGAGCAGGGACAGAGACGAGGUCCCUGUUGAGGAGGAGGUGGAGGCCAAUAUUACGGUGAAGCAGGUCCCCGAUAGCCAGCUCUUCUCCUCUGAGGAGUCCGAGGAGUCUGAAGAGGAGGAGGAAGAGGAUGAGAGGUCAGAGGUGGAGGUUCUUCCUGUUCACCAGGCCCCUCCGCCUCCUGCUGACCCCUCCUCUCAGUUCCAGGGCAUUGUGAACCUGGCCUUCGAGGACGGAGCUGACCCUGACCAAGACAACGAACAACAGCAGCAAAUGGACUACCAAUCAGCCUCUAACUUCCGCCGCUCUGUUCUGAUCUCUGUUGACGAGUGUGAGGAGCUGGGAUCAGAGGAGUGCGCGGUGCAGACUCCGCCCCAGCAACAGCCUGAUGACCCACUCACGCCCUGCGACGUCUUCGGGAGCGACCGUCCUCCGGCCCCUCAGUCAGCCCCAAACUCCAUCUCUCACUCUGGGGGUCACCUGGCAUCGGACCUUCCCAAAAGCACACCUCAGCAGCAGCAGGAACAAGGCAACAAGCACGAGUCCAACAACAACAAACCCAACAAACCCAUCGUUUUCCUCACUGAGAUCCAGGAUCCUCUUGUAGAUGACCAUAACCCCACCAAGGUGGAGGGAGUAGAGCCCUCCCCUGGUUGCCCUCCUCUGGACCAUGACCCCACUGACCUGCCUCCCCAGGAGCGGGAGAGACCCUGCCACCUAGACCUCCGGCCUGCUGAACAGUACAGCAAUGGAGGAUCACCACGCAAGAACCCCUCAACCAAGCCUAGCCAAGCAUCUAUACCUGUGCCUGUAGACAGCAAGAGAUCAGACUUACAUACAGACUUAAAUUACCCUCAGCAGAAAGGGGGCUCUCCUGCACAUGCAGCUAUCCCACAAUCCCCAGCAGGUAAUGUAUAAUAAUCUACAUCUAGGAACCCACCCAAUUUAAACCCCUUGCCAAACCCCUUGCCAAACCCCUCACCCAUUCUCCCCACCCUGCCAAACUCCAUUAGUCAAGGCAUAGUUAGUUAAUUAGUUCACCCUUUGCAAGAUACAAUCUCCUCUGUCUGAUAUAACAUGAUGCUCAGACUAUUCAUUUGCAUUAUGACACGUACACUUAUCCCCUUCCUCUCAAAAUGGAUAUAAUACAGAUUACUUAACUAGUUCAAAUUCAAAUUGGAUGAGGAGGUCAUUUUUUGAUAUGCCCAUAUACUGUAGCUGAAAGCUUGCUAUAAAUACACAAAACAUUGGUUUGUGUACCAGUCCCUUGAUUUGAAUUGGUAACACCAAUAUCCUUGAAAAAAUGGAGAUUGGUCAAUCAAGAAAUGUGCAGAAGUAGCUUAGCUAUAAUCAUCAUAUAACAACGGAACUACCUUUUUUCAGAGGCAUUCUGACCUUGACUACUAAGAUUACUUAUGAAAAGGGAGAAAAAAAGCAAUGUUCAUUUCAAUGAGAAAACUGAUACUAAAAUAUUAAGUUGAGUCCUAAAUGGCACCCUAUUCCCUUUUAUAGGGCACUACUUUUGACCAUAGGGUCAAAAGUAGUGCACUAUGUAAGGAAUAGGGUUCCAUUUGGGAUGCGACCUUAGUGUAAAGUACUGCGCCAUGUGUUGGUUAGAAACCACCUGCCUUCUGACAAGGUGUGGCGGACUGACAUAGGCCUAGUUGUACGAAUGCACUUUGAUGUACAUAAAAAUGCUAAUAUUCAAUGAUUUUUCAUUGUUUCUUUUAGUGAAUGCCAUGAAAUCCAACAGCUCCUGGCCUUUUUUAAGCCACAGCUGAUUAUAUUAUUUAUUGAGAUUGAUGUCUCCAUCAUUUGUGUUCGAUGCAAAAGACGUGCAACCAAGAUAUGAUUUUUACUAUCAAAUCAAAUUACAUAAUAAUAUGCAAAGUGGCCAGUUGAUUUGGAGGGUAAAUCCAAAAAUAUCUGUAUUGUACUAAUGGACCACACUACUAAGCUGUACGACCAGAUUACUUUUGAAAAAGGUGUAUGUCAAUCUUUGUUUUACCUACCUAUAGGGACCCUUACCUACCCAGGAUCGGCUUGUUUUUCUUUUUGUUGUUAUUUAUUGUCAGACCCUCCUAACCUGUAUCUGCUCAUCAGCCUGCUUAUCUAUAAAGACAUCUGCAUGAUAAUAGUACAUUCCAUUUGUUGUGUGUCUUUUUAUUUAUUCCACCCAAUAUGUUUGUGUUUUUACUUCAUUCUGUUUUUACUCGCUUUAUUCUGUAAUGCUGGUUUGGUUCAAUAGACUUUGUGUGGUGCUGCCUGGUAGUCUUCUGUAUGUGGUGUGUCUAGAACAAUCUUUAUCUUCCAUGUCUCUCUUUUUUCACUCUCAUAUGAUACAGCAAACCCUUGCGUUAUUACUUAGUCAGGGGUCGUGUCUGAAAUGGCACCCUAUUCCUCAUAUAGUGCACUACUUUGUGCACUAUAUAGGGGAUAUGGUGGCAUUUGGGAUGCAUCCUAGUUAGGGUCUAUCCCAGUGCAAAACAUAUUGAUCUUGUUUCUGCUGUCAACAGCAAUAGGUGGUCAACUGUAUCAUCCAUUACCAGCAUGGACCUUUUAUUUACAGUGAUAUUGAAGCAGUGUUAAUAAGAGAACGAAAGAAACUGUACAUAAAACCAGAUGGGAAAUGUCAGAUUAACCUACGUACUUCCCUUUGUGCUGCAAAGUAAAUCAUUUCUGCCUGGAUUUAGGUUUUUCUGAAAGUAUUAUAAUCAUAUCUGUACAAUGCAAUAGUUCUAUUCAUUAGUUAAAGAUACCUGCACGGUUUAUUUCUUCAAACAUAUCACUGGUGCCUGAGCAAACUGAGUUAUGCAGAGUUAACUAACCAGCGCUGGCAAUGCAAUGCAAUGCAUGGCUUACUGUCAUUUUUACUGGUGGAUAAAAGAGACACAUCCAGACAACUACAUCCCUCUGUGCUUGACCUUUAAGGCAGCUGUCCAUCCUGUCUGUCACCCACAGUCCAGGUCAGUGACUACUCAUAUAAUUCUAAAUUAUAUCAAUUUCAUAUCAUAAUUCAUUGGUCUGUAACUAGGUACCAAUGCAAUGGUGAAAUGAGGGUUUCCCCCCUCUCUCCUAGUGGAAUAGAGGACAGGUCAUUGCCUCAUCCUGUCAUUUGAUUAUUAAAUGGUUGUUAAGAGGACACAGUUGCAUUAAGGGUGAAACUUUAGUAAUCUAAAUGUUGGGAUAAUAAUGGAAAGAAGUGACCUGCAGAAUGCCUGUGUAAUGACUAUGGACUUAUGGAAAGAUGAAUCGUUAUGUCAUUGUACAGUAUUGUCAACUGUUUUUAGGGGACAUUGAGGGACAAUGUCACAGAUUGGAUCAAACAACAACCCCAACCUGUACACAUGACCGACGCUCCUCCAAAGCCCUCUCUCCCAUCUACGGACUGAACGUGAGACAAGCCUUUGAGUACCCCAGCUCCUCUGACAACAGGAGCAGGAGGAGCACAGUGGGGCGGGAGGGGGAGGAGGAGAACGAUGAAGAUUACAAUGAAGAGAGCAGUACGUUUGCGGAGCGUGACUGGAGCAUGCUGAAGCAACUCCUCUCGGACCAGGAGUCCAGUCUGGGCAUCAUAAUCCCAGUCCCUGAGGACCUAAACCUAGCCCAGUAUCUCAUCAAGCAGACCCUGUCCCUCUCCCGGGACUGCCUGGACACACAGCAGACCUUCCUGCCCCACGAGAAGGAGACAUUUAAACGCUGGGCAGAGCUCAUAUCACCCCUGGAGGACUCCACAACCAGCAUCACUGUGACCAGCUUCUCGCCUGAGGAUGCUGCCUCUCCGCAGGGGGAGUGGACCAUCGUGGAGCUAGAAACGUAUCACUGACACAGAAUUAAGACUAAUCAUCUUGGAGUUAUAAACACAUCACUUGAUUGACAGGUUUAAGGACUAAGGAGACACUAUGUUAACUUCUCUCUGGAUUGAUCAACCUUCUCUCUGGAUUGAUCAACUAUACUACACUUCUUCUGAGACAGACACUACAACAGUACUAUCUAUCAGGGACCUGGUACACUUUCUCUCUGGACUUCUACAACAUGUCUUUGGUUCACUGACAACUACAGUACCACAAUUAUUCUGUCUUAUACCUUGAUUUCAUGAUGUUUGAGUCCUCCUGUAUUUAUUGGUUGACUGUCUCAUGCUUUUUAUGCUGCUUUUUAUGGACUCUCAAGCUGAGCUUGUUUGUUUGCAUUCAGUCCCCUUCACAGUGCUUGACUUGGACUGAAAUAGGUUCCAGUACUCACUUUGGGUGCCGGUACUGUUUAUAUUUAGGUGCAGGAGCUCCACAAGACUUUUGAGCAAAUUUUCGAUAAGAGGAACAGGAGCUCAAGCAGUAUAACAUUUUAGGUGCCGGAACUCAGCUCCAGUGAGCUCCUGCCCAAGUCAAGCACUGCCCCUUCAUCACCUUCAGUUAUAUCCUUAAUACUUAAUGGACUGAGAGUUUAGACACAAAUAAGCUGUUGUGCAUGCAGACAUUUUUGUAUGUUUAACUGUUUACUUGGUGUUUGCAACCUUUAGAAAGAAGAACAUUUAAAAAAAAAAGCAAAUGUAUUUCUCAUGGCUCUCUACUCAUGAUGAUGGUUAGACAGUGGAGUUUCACAGAAACUAGAGAACAUGUUGGUCUGUUGGCUUUACAUUCAUUGUUGUGUAUAUGAAAAUAAAAAUGUUUGGUUCUAAAUACAAUGGUUUCAUUUCUUCUUCUUUUUGUGAUAGUUAAAAUACAAUAGUAGAUCAUAAAAAUUAAAUAAAGAUAAUUUGUGAAAUUAUAUAGAUUUGUAUUGUACAUGUCGGGUUAAAAUGAGGGAUACACUUCAAAAGGAAUAUUUGAGGAUUUGUUACUCUACGUGAAAUGAAUUAAAUAGCGUCACCUUUUGGGAUCCAGUGACGUCAUUGCUCACGCCUCCUUCGCAUGCCUCCUUCAUCUCGCUCGAUUCCAGUCAAUCAUUAACAGUUCAUUCGGGCAAAACAGACUUGUUUUGUUAUCCAACUUCGCUCCCUAUCUUAUCUUGGUUGAAUACAGUUAGCUACAUACCACCACCUAUAAUGACGACCAACGGUAAUGACAGGACAACUCAAUGGAAAACAACAAUUAUAGUCAGCACAUCACUUCAGGUAACGUUUAACACCACAAAUGGCUAGCCAAAAAAGUUGCUAGCAAGCUAGCUUGGCCAGAAAUUGACAGUUUCUGUUGUAUAAUUGAGUUCUUCCCGAUAUUGAUAUGAAGUCACAAUAUUGUCAAUUUGAUUAUUACAGCUUAUUAGAUUUAAUCAUGACAUUACCCAUCUAAAACAUUACCCAUCUAAAACGCACAGAAUCAUGACACAUCCAGGACGCUUCUUGCACAGCACCAUCGGAUCCGAUUCUCAGACGCUGUCAAUUCGGGGUCCUUUGUUUUCCCAAUGUCAGGUAAUCAUCAGUUUGACAUGACAUUAUUUGAUUCAUGCUUCAAAGGUAUGGUAUGUCUAUACUAGAGAUUGGUGUCUUUAGGCUAUACAAUUUCCAAUGCUAAGAAGACCAUUUCACAGUGUCACCUACCACCUGCUGUAAGGGGGUUUUCUGCCAUACACACACUGACCCCUGGGCCUGUCAUGACAUCAGAUACCUUUCAGCUAAUGUGGUCAUAACUUCAAAAACUGCAGGAUUUUGCUCCUAUUAAAAGGCUGCAGAAGACUUCCAUCUGUUAUUAGCUAGAUAUUUUGUGAUAGUCCAUUGGCUCCCUCAUAAUCUAGCAAAUAAAGCACAUAAACCCAAGGCCUAUUGGCAAAACCAAAGUAGUGUUAUAAAUGAAUGUAUAUGUGGGCUGUCCAGGUAUUGCAUUCCUCAUAAUAAACCCACAAGAACUACCAGAGAACCUUGAGGAAGCAGGACUGUUUGACAAGAUCAAGAAGUUUGUGACGGUUCACCGCAAUAGUUUCCUUCUCCUGCAAGCCCCUUUUUAUGGGAAGAAGGAACUGGACAUCAUGUCACUGAUACAGCACAGGUAUAGUUAUUUGUAUUAUACUUUAAAGCAGACAAUCAUUUUAUUCCUGUCUGGAACGAUUCUAACAUGUGCAAAUGUUGUACAUUAUAGGCCAAUGUGGACUAGUGUAGUUUCACAGUAAUGAUCACUCCCAAUCUAAAUGAUGAUCCUACUGUACUGACCCAAAUACAUUCAAAUGACUGUAGUAGUUUUUAAUAAUGGAACAAUAUUUCCGGUCACAUUGAUGUGUUAGUGCUGUGCUUUCAUUGUGUGUAACUGAGGGAUCCUGUGGUCUAUUGCAGAUUCCUUGGCAGCAAUCUCAGAGUUCUACCUGUACGUAACAACACAGAGAUAGUCAAGGGGAUGCUGACUAUAGCCAAAGUAAGGAUGAAAGAAGACACCCCUAAGUCCUCACACAUUAUAUUGACAUGGAUGAUAAGUAAUAAUAAUACUGAAAAACUAAAAUAAAGAUACUUGACAUUAGUUGAUACAAAUAUUGUUUAUAACGAUAAAGUUGAUACAAAGUCAGGCUACUUUUCUUUGCUAGGUUUAACAGGGACAAGGCACAUUAAUAAACAUUUCUGUCAAUGUGCCAGAUUUUUGCCAGCCAGCUAAAGUUGAAAGUUCAUCAUGUUUUCCCCCUGUGAUAAUGAAAGUGCAUUAUGGCUGAUCUCAUCUUCCAGGCCACCAGUAAGCCCCAUGUUGACAGUGUGCUGGAUCGGAUGUCUCUGGCCAGGGCCCACAUCAUAGAGAGCAGCUCUGUCUGGGAGAUGCUCAGGGAUAUUAAGCUGGGGUGAGCAGCUGGUGCAGAGUGGGGAUGCCAGUUCCCCUCAAACCUACCUGUCCAUGAUAGGUUAGUGACACUAAUGGCUGAUUUAUGCUAGGUCUGGCAUCUACUGUGUUCACGGUCACAAGCAGAGAAUGUCAUUAACCCAACUGGCAUGUGUUUAGUGUGCUUAAUAUACUCACUGCAUCCAAUCCUGUAUCCAGCAGAAUACUAUUACUGUAUAGAUUCAGUAGAAAGUCAAUUGAAAAUCCAGCAUUGCAAAUAAGUGAAAUGAGGCUUAAAUAAAGAAAGCAUUUUGUGUAGA